AUGUCGGAAAAGCCCAACAACAAGAUGGUGAAGUUCCUGGCUCCCCUCCCCAAGAGUGGUAAUGGUAACGGAAACAACGGGUCUGGCUCGGACUCGCUUGUUGGUGAACGGAUGGCAGCGGAGGUGAGGCGGCGCCACCACACCAUGGAGCGUGACCGUUGCGCCGCAGAACAUCGAACAUUCUUCCGUCGCAGCGUCAUUAGCGACUCCAACGCCACAGCCCUUGACCUCCCCUUACCCAGUAAAAUCCCUGUCCUCGCGCCCCUGGUACCCCGUGUGCGAGAUGUCGCGCCCCGGCCUGCCGGUGCACCCCUCACCCCAAGACCUGCACCCCAUGUGACUGUGAGGGAGGAGUCGGCUGAGAGCGAAGGUGGAGUGAAGGUGGAUGUGGUGUCUGUAGAGCAGAAGGCUGCUGUACUACAGGAUAUCUGUGAUGGGGAAGCAGUGGUGGCUCAGCCAGCAAACAGUCUAGCUGCCCAACCUCGGAGCCAAACGACAGAACCUGAACCUGAGAGUGAGGUGAAGGAGAGAGGAGAGGGGGAAGAAGGAGAGGGGAAGGAAGAGGAUAAGGAAGAGAAGGAGAAAGCCCGGGUAGAGGCUGAACAGAGAGAGGCGGAGAAGAAGGUGCAGGAUGACAUUGAGGAAGCAGAGACGAAAGCGGUGGGAACAUCGCCGGAUGGGCGUUUCCUGAAGUUUGACAUUGAGAUUGGACGUGGUUCUUUCAAGACGGUCUACAAGGGCCUGGACACCGAGACCACAGUGGAGGUGGCAUGGUGUGAGCUGCAGGUAAGAUUGUGGGCUGCAACUCAAUACUAUCUAUGUAGCCUAACAAACUUGUAUCCUCAUUUCCCUCCCUUCAUGACUACUGAUAUGAAAGAGCACCACUGAUAAGCCCAGUGAUUACAAAAUUGUCCGGUAGUCACUCAUAACCUACAAAAUCUGUGAGAAGAAUAUUCUAGUCUCAUCUCAACCUGGUCUCAGAGCAUUUUGUAUUAUUCUGUACGUAAAUCAGAGACCCUCGAUUUAGUAUGAUACUGUAUGUUACAUUUCGUAUGGUAUGUAAUAAUUUGUGGAUGUCAUCAUCCAUUAUGUAUGAUAUGUUAGAAAUGCAAUUCUUGCAAUAUGUUACAAAUUUGAAAAAUAUACCAUAUGUUAUGAAUUCCAAUUUGUGUCUGUUAGCUAGGUGGCUACCUCUAACGUUAGCUAGCUGGCUAACGUUAGCUAGGAGUUAAGGUUAGGGGUAGGGUUAGCUAAAAGGGUUAGGGGAAGGGUUAGGUAACAUGCUAAGUAGUUGCAAAGUAGCUAAAAUGUAAUAAUAAUAAUAUGCCAUUUAGCAGACGCUUUUAUCCAAAGCGACUUACAGUCAUGUGUGCAUACAUUUUUACGUAUGGGUGGUCCCGGUGAUCACAACACGCUACCCAUGCUCUACCAAUUGAGCUACAGAGGACCACAAGUAGUUGCAAAGGUGUCCUUGAUGAGAUUUGAACGCGCAACCUUUGGGUUGCUAAACGUUUGCAUUAUAUGCCCACCUAUCCACGCUGACCAACCACCCUACUUAUGUUUUUGUCUUAAGUAACCAUCUGUCUUAUGUAGCCAUACCAAACGUAACAUAUAAUUCUAAUAUGACUUUCCAAAUUACAUUGAAUUUUCCAAUUCUAAUUUGCCUUUCCAAUUUAAUUUACUAUGUCUAGUCUAUGAGACCAGGCUACUCAUAUUGACAAGUAGGCUUAGGCCCAUAAGUCUGCCUUUCUUUCCUUCUGCGGUGACUAUGGUCCUUCAUGCUGUCUUUGAGUCACAUUCGGGGCAUUUGGACAUUGUAACUGUGGGUGUCACCGGUUAAACACCUAAGGGUCUGUCAAUCAGUCAUAGUCAUCCCUUCAGUGGUGUUGCAAUUCCAGUGAACACUGGACCAUUUGAAUAUUGUUGUGAUCAAAUGAAGUUUCAACCCCCAUCCCCCGUUCCAAUCUCACCCCACCCGAGGACCUAAGGGCUCAAAUUAAAUAAACAUGGAUAAAAAAAAAACAACAUAAGCAACACGUCAGUGUUUCAGCAGCGAGCAGCAAGAAGCUAUUGGUUCAAAGUGUCUUCUUUAGCGCCAUGAAUGCAAGCUGUAGACUCCAUAUAAAUUACAUCCAUAAAAGUGAGGAUCCCUUGAUGGAUAGAGAGUGGACCAUUGUAAUCGUAGAACUCAUUCUUAAAAGGGAAAUGUACAGUCCAAUAACAAUGUUUCCCCUAUAUUUUUUUCCGGCAGCCGUGGGAAAGUAAGCAUUGAGCGCGGGCGUGGCCAAUUGCAUGCACGGUCUCCGACCAAAGAUUUUAAAGGCCCUCCUCUUGGGCACUUAGACAAAAUUGUGCUUUUUUAAAAGCAGAUUUCGUGCAAUUCUACAGAUUUUGCCAUGCCGUGUUCUUAUGCUAUCUGUGACUCAAACAUUAUAAUAAAAUCCAUAGGAGACAUUUUGUUUAUUUGAUUCUCUCGGACUGUCUAGUUUUUAUUGGUGAUUUGUUAGUUCUCAAAGAUGAUCUUAAUAAAAAUAUAGCUCCAUUAUCUUUUCUACAUAAUUUACAUCCAGUUUAAGUUUACACUGACAACGUUUUACCAUCUCAAAAAGUAUUUUCUAAAAAUAUUUAUUGGAGUAGCGGCAACGAUUUAGCAGCGGCGGCCCGCUUCUGCUAAAUGACUGUAGGGGAAACACUGAAUAGUUCUCCUGACAUUUGCUGCAUACGCUAUUGUAAUCUCCCUUUGUAUUUAUGAUAGGCCUUAUCUCCUUAGUCACGAGUUACUGGCAUUUCCUCUUUGAGAUCUAGCCCGUUGCCAAUAGAAUAUAAUGUUACAGAGCUGAAAAUAUAUUUUCUAUCAGGAUGGACCUACCCCUUCCUGAAUAUAAGGGUCAUGUUCAUUAGUGCACAAAGCAGCAACGCUUUUUGAAAUGGAAUAUGACAAUCUUUGUUCUUAUUGAUCUCUGUUUCUAAAUCGUUUCAUGCCUACUGGACCCAGUCCUGUUCUAUAGGUCCACGCAACCACACAACACCGGUGACUGGUUUGCCUUUGCGUUCCAGUAGACUUUGUUCUCGUGGCCCACAGCCAGAGUGAUUUCCUCCCUGAUUCAGUCUUCUGAGUCACAGCCACGGAUGUUUCCCCUUUAAGAGACCUGGCCACCGUUUGCAUGCAUACAGUGGGGGAAAAAAAGUAUUUAGUCAGCCACCAAUUGUGCAAGUUCUCCCACUUAAAAAGAUGAGAGAGGCCUGUAAUUUUCAUCAUAGGUACACGUCAACUAUGACAGACAAAUUGAGAGAGAAAAAAUCCAGAAAAUCACAUAUUAAUGGCACCUGAUUGAACUUGUUAUCAGUAUAAAAGACACCUGUCCACAACAUCAAACAGUCACACUCCAAACUCCACUAUGGCCAAGACCAAAGAGCUGUCAAAGGACACCAGAAACAAAAUUGUAGACCUGCACCAGGCUGGGAAGACUGAAUCUGCAAUAGGUAAGCAGCUUGGUUUGAAGAAAUCAACUGUGGGAGCAAUUAUUAGGAAAUGGAAGACAUACAAGACCACUGAUAAUCUCCCUCGAUCUGGGGCUCCACGCAAGAUCUCACCCCGUGGGGUCAAAAUGAUCACAAGAACGGUGAGCAAAAAUCCCAGAACCACAUGGGGGGACCUAGUGAAUGACCUGCAGAGAGCUGGGACCAAAGUAACAAAGCCUACCAUCAGUAACACACUACGCCGCCAGGGACUCAAAUCCUGCAGUGCCAGACGUGUCCCCCUGCUUAAGCCAGUACAUGUCCAGGCCCGUCUGAAGUUUGCUAGAGUGCAUUUGAAUGAUCCAGAAGAGGAUUGGGAGAAUGUCAUAUGGUCAGAUGAAACCAAAAUAUAACUUUUUGGUAAAAACUCAAAGAACACCAUACCUACUGUGAAGCAUGAGGGUGGAAACAUCAUGCUUUGGGGCUGUGUUUCUGCAAAGGGACCAGGACGACUGAUCUGUGUAAAGGAAAGAAUGAAUGGGGCCAUGUAUCGUGAGAUUUUGAGUGAAAACCUCCUUCCAUUAGCAAGGGCAUUGAAGAUGAAACGUGGCUGGGUCUUUCAGCAUGACAAUGAUCCCAAACACACCGCCCGGGCAACGAAGGAAUGGCUUCGUAAGAAGCAUUUCAAGGUCCUGGAGUGGCCUAGCCAGUCUCCAGAUCUCAACCCCAUAGAAAAUCUUUGGAGGGAGUUGAAAGUCCGUGUUGCCCAGCGACAGCCCCAAAACAUCACUGCUCUAGGGGAGAUCUGCAUGGAGGAAUGGGCCAAAAUACCAGCAACAGUGUGUGAAAACCUUGUGAAGAAUUACAGAAAACGUUUGACCUGUGUCAUUGCCAAGAAAGGGUAUAUAACAAAGUAUUGAGAAACUUUUGUUAUUGACCAAAUACUUAUUUUCCACCAUAAUUUGCAAAUAAAAAUGUGAUUUUCUGGAUUUUUUUUCCUCAUUUUGUCUGUCAUAGUUGACGUGUACCUAUGAUGAAAAUUACAGGCCUCUCUCAUCUUUUUAAGUGGGAGAACUUGCACAAUUGGUGGCUGACUAAAUACUUUUUUCCCCCACUGUAUGUUGAUUUCUUCUAAAAGCGUUAUUUAUUUAGAGGUGUUGACGUGUUGGCCUGGAUUUGGCCCUUAGUUAAAUAGACCUACUGAAUACAGUCAAUAACACUUUAUUUCCCCCUAGAGUUAAUUUUUUGACUCAGCAUCUUCUGUAACUCUGUAGUGCUGUUUCUUGUUUUACUCCCUGUAGUGAAAGGGCUGUAGCAUUCUGCUUUAGCUCGGUAGCUGUAGCUCAGGGGGAUUCUGGCAAACCAAAGGCCCAACGAUAGCCCUGGCCCAGACGGGCUGUCUGCUUUUCCAGGGAAAAGGACAAGACACACAGCAGAGUUUAACCCCAUUCAGUACAUACAGUUGAAGCCGGAAGUUUACAUACACCUUAGCCAAAUACAUUUAAACUCAGUUUUUCACAAUUCCUGACAUUUAAUCCUAGUAAAAAUUCCCUGUCUUAGGUCAGUUAGGAUCACCACUUUAUUUUAAGAAUGUGAAAUGUCAGAAUAAUAGUAGAGUGAUUUUAUUUCAGCUUUUAUUUCUUUCAUCAUAUUCCCAGUGGGUCAGAAGUUUACAUACACUAAAUUAGUAUUUUGUAGCAUUGCCUUUAAAUUGUUUAACUUGGGUCAAACGUUUCGGGUAGCCUUCCACAAGCUUCCCACAAUAAGUUGGGUGAAUUUUGGCCCAUUCCUCCUGACAGAGCUGGUGUAACUGAGUCAGGUUUGUAGGCCUCCUUGCUCGCACACGCUUUUUCAGUUCUGCCCACACAUUUUCUAUAGGAUUGAGGUCAGGGCAUUGUGAUGGCCACUCCAAUACCUUGACUUUGUUGUCCUUAAGCCAUUUUGCCACAACUUUGGAAGUAUGCUUGGGGUCAUUGUCCAUUUGGAAAACCCAUUUGUGGCCAAGCUUUAACUUCCUGACUAAUUUUCCUUCCUCAUGAUGCCAUCUAUUGUGUUAAGUGCACCAGUUCCUCCUGCAGCAAAGCACCCCCACAGCAUGAUGCUGCCACCCCCGUCCUUCACGGCUGGGAUGGUGUUCUUCGGCUUGCAAGUUAUCCCCUUUUUCCUCCAAACAUAACGAUGGUCAUAAUGGCCAAACAGUUCUAUUUUUGUUUCAUCAGACCAGAGGACAUUUCUCCAAAAAGUACGAUCUUUGUCCCCAUGUGCAGUUGCAAACCGUAGUCUGGCUUUUCUAUGGCGGUUUUGGAGCAGUGGCUUCUUCCUUGCUGAGCGGCCUUUCAGGUUAUGCCGAUAUAGGGGCGGUAGGUAGCUUAGUGGUUAAGAGCGUUGUGCCAGUAACCGAAAGGUCGCAGGUUCUAAUCCUCGAGCCGACUAGGUGAAAAAUGUGCCCUUGAGCAAGGCACUUAACCCUAAUUGCUCCUGUAAGUUGCUCUGGAUAAGUAAUAAAAAUAAAAUAUAGGAUUUAUUUGCACUUUUCGCACCAAAGUACGUUCAUCUCUAGGAGACAGAAUGCGUCUCCUUCUUGAGCGGUAUGACGGCUGCGUGGUCCCAUGGUGUUUAUACUUGCGUACUAUUGUUUGUACAGAUGAACCUUUAGCCCAUUCAGGUGUUUGGAAAUUGCUCCCGAGGAUGAACCAGACUUGUGGAGGUCUACAAUUUUUUUUCUGAGGUCUUGGCUGAUUUCUUUUGAUUUUCCCAUGAUGUCAAGCAAAGAGGCACUGAGUUUGAAGGUAGGCCUUGACAUACAUCCACAGAGACACCUCCAAUUGACGCAAAUGAUGUCAAUUAGCCUAUCAGAAGCUUCUAAAGCCAUGACAUCAUUUUCUGGAAUUUUCCAAGCUGUUUAAAGGCACAGUCAACUUAGUGUAUGCAAACUUCUGACCCACUGGAAUUGUGAUACAGUGAAUUAUAAGUGAAAUAAUCUGUCUGUAAACAAUUGUUGCAAAAAUUACUUGUGUCAGGCACAAAGUAGAUGUCCUAACUGACUUGCCAAAACUAUAGUUUGUUAACAAGACAUUUGUGGAGUGGUUGAAAAACGAGUUUUAAUGAGUCCAUCCUAAGUGUAUGUAAACUUCCGAAUUCAACUGUAUUUAUAUUGACACGCUUUGAACCUGUCAGAACCAGCACAGACAGCACACACACUGACAACGGAGCCUGUGGAGAUGCUGCUGACACAGACCAGGCCCCUCGCUCAGCGCAGAGAGAGAAUCCUGCACAUGCUCCUGAGCUCAAUGCUUGUGUGAAUGUAAAAUGGGUCAGAUUCCUGACAGAGGAAUUUCUUAUCUCCUGUGUGAAGUGAAGUGCAGCAGGUUUCUUCCCAUCCAGUCCCCCUUCAGCCCUUUAUGCAUCCACCCUCUCUCCCACCCCUCCCCCCUCCACUACUCCCUUCUCUCGCCCCUUCCUCCCUCUCUCCUCAGCCCCCUCCAUUCUUCAGAGAUGAUGCUGACAGUGGCACAUGACUAAGUGAGGCAUAUCUACACUAUCUCCCCAGGAUUCAGACCUAAAGCAUAUAACCAAAUCAAACUGCUCAUUUCUUUUUUUGUUGCCUAGACGCUGGAUAUAUUCUUGCCUUUUCUCUUUCUUUUAUGCUCCCUCUAUCUAACUUUCAAUCUCAAACCUUUUUCGUCCUGUAGAGAAUGGAGAAAUAUGUUUGGUUUGGUGAAGAGCACAUUGUCAUCUCAUAUGAACAUUCCCCAUGAGUUGUCUCAUAUAUUAAUGCAACUCUUACUCAGUCAUUGUUGCGCAAGUCAUUGUUGAAUGUGCACUGUUUAUCUAUGUGGCAGGGGUCACAUUAAUGCAGAAUUCUGCAUUUUUCAAAAAAAAUUAUAAUAAAAAGAUCGCAGAAAUAUCUUGCUGCGUUUUGUAAACUCAGAUCUAAAAUGCUUCUUAUUGUAAUCUCUGCUCGGCUUCUGACUAAUUUUGUGCUUCCACUUGGAUGAGAUAUCUUUGCUCUCGUCUUUAGACCAAUUAGAUUCCCGCAUUCACGAAUGGGCAUUCGAUCAGCAGACAGCACUCUGACUGAUUGCAGAGAGGAAGAGGCGAUGGUUACUUUAAUAUGGUAGUUUUGGCAAGUUAAAUUGCAAGAUUAAUGUGAAGCAAAACAUUAGGAAAUGUAGCUGGCUACCUUCUUUCUAUGGUAAACAUCAUGGCCAUGCAUAGUCUUUGCAAAAACAUAUACCUUGCUCUUUCAUUAUAGAGUCUCUAGUAAUGAUAAGCUGCUAAUUUACCUCUCGCCGACCCUGAUUGAGUCAAUUUGUCAAGUCUGAUGGGGAAACUAGCUGACUUCCAUAAACAAAGUUAGGUGUGUGUGUGUAACUUGACCCCAUCCCGAGCCUGGGCUCCCCAUGGCUGUAUGCCUGCAGGCUAAUAUGCUUAUGCAGGGAUGGAAUGCUCAAUGAAUCUUUCAUCUGUCUAGCAGCUUUUCAUUACUAGACUCUGCUGUAGGCACUACGCUGGGAGGAGCUGAAAUCCCCUCUCACACAGAUAUUAAAGCUGUCCCAUGAUCAGGUAAACUAAAGCACACAGCUUUAUUCCCCAGACAUAUCCUAAGGCUACACACCAACCACCCUAACCCCAUGUACACUGAGGCCCAUCUCCUCCCUCCCAUCCUAGACUAGACCAGACAGCCUUUCCAGCCUCCCAGCUCCAGACAGAGCCUAUGUGUGAAGACUGGUCAGAGAGGCCAAUCAGAUAGCUGUUUAACAUGUCUUUAUGAGAUAUCUUAAAGGGUUUAAUGAAAUAGUAAAGUGGUGGUAAUUCAGUGGACACUUUAACAAUUACCAUCUACAGUGACUAUAUACUUUCAGAACCGCUUUCUUUAUAAAACCACUGUUAACUUAUAGCCUACUCUCAUAACUGCCCUCUCAGAAACCUUCAUGCAGACUUUAACCCAUAAGAGUCUAAGCCCUGGCUAAGCCGGGGAGGGGGGGGGGUUCUGCUAAGCUAUAUGGAAUUGUUUUAAAAGGUCAUACCAAGGAGGAUUUUGCUUUUUGCUUUAGAAUUUUAAGACCCCUUGAAGUACACUAUAUGACCAAAAGUAUGUGGACACACUGCUCGUCGAACAUCUCAUUCCAAAAUCAUGGGCAUUAAUAUGGAGUUGGUCCCCCCCCUUUGCUGCUGUAACAGCCUCCACUCUUCUGGAAAGGCUUUCUACUAGAUGUUGGAACAUUGCUGCGGGGACUUGCUUCCAUUUAGCCACGAGCAUUAGUGAGGUCGGGCACUGAUGUUGGACGAUUAGGCCUGGCUCGCAGUCGGCGUUCCAAUUCAUCCCAAAGGUUUUCGAUGGGGUUGAGGUCAGGGCUCUGUGCAGGCCAGUCAAGUUCUUCCACACCGAUCUUGACAAACCAUUUCUGUAUGGACCUCCCAUUGUGCACAGGGGGAAUUGUCAUGCUAAAACAGGAAAGGGCCUUCCCCAAACUGUUGCCACAAAUUUAGAAGCACAUAAUUGUCUAGAAUGUCAUUGUAUGCUGUAGCAUUAAGAUUUCCCUUCACGGGAACUAAGGGGCAUAGCCCGAACCGUGACAAACAGCCCCAGACCAUUAUUCCUCCUCCACCAAACUUUAAAGUUGGCACUAUGCAUUGGGGUAGGUAGCGUUCCCCUGGCAUCCGCCAAACCCAGAUUCGUCAGUCAAACUGCCAGAUGGUGAAGUGUGAUUCAUCACUCCAGAGAACGCGUUUCCGCUGCUCCAGAGUCCAAUGGCAGCGAGCUUUACACCACUCCAGCCGACUCUUGGCAUUGCGCAUGGUGAUCUUUGGAUUGACCCCUUUCAUGAAGCUCCCGACAAACAGUUAUUGUGCUGACGUUGCUUCCAGAGGCAGUUUGGAAUUAGGUAGUGAGUGUUGCAACCGAGGACAGACGAUUUUUACGCGCUUCAGCACUCGGCGCUCCCAUUCUGUGAGCUUGUGUGGCCUACCACUUUGCGCUGAGCCGUUGCUGCUCCUAGAUGUUUCCACUUUACAAUAACAGCACUUACAGUUGACCGGGGCAGUGCUAGCAGGGAAGAAAUUUGACAACCUAUGACGGUGCCACGUUGAAAGUCACUGAGCUCUUCAGUGAGGACCUUCUACUGCCUAUGUUUGUCUAUGGAGAUUGCAUGGCUGUGCUCGAUUUUAUACACCUGUCAGCAACGGGUGUGGCUGAAAUAUCAGAAUCUACUAAUUUGAAGGGGUGUCGACAUACUUUUGUGUGUGUAUAGUGUAUCAAAAUAAAUUAUUUGAUAAAAUGUUAUUUGGCCUUAGUGCUAUUAGCCCAUACAAACACAUUGAAUAACAGAUUCACUACAUGGAACAACAGUCUCCCAAAAAAAUCUAAAGGAAGUUCGUUCUGAAGUGUCUGUCCUAUAUAAGAAAGAUCAGUAAACAUUAUUUUUUUGGGACAUGUAUUACGCUCCAUAUAUUGGGCACUAAACAUUGUCCAUAUAUACUUCCAUUCAUUUUUUUAUCAACUGGUACCAGGGGACCUUCAGACGAGUCUUAUGAGGCCUGUGAGUCUCACCUUUCCACAGAUGGGUCAUAUUAGUGUGUAGCCCAAACUGUUUGGACGCUACAGACAGAAGUUAGCAGAUUGGCUGUACCGACUUCAGACGAGUCCCACAAUGCUUGUUGGGGGUCGUAGAGCAAAACGGAGAACAUCGUGUUCGUGAGAGUCAUCUUUCCAUAGAGGGGUCAUAAUAGUUUGUAGGCCAAAACGUUCGGCCACUACAGACGAUUUUGUGAGAAGACCGAUUUUUGGGAUGCCUCAUGGUCUGACAAACACCGCUCUAGCUCUGUCACCUUACAUCACAGAUGCGGAAGUGCGACAUAGGCAUAUGCGGUGGAUUGAUACGCAUCCAAUGCAAAAAACGGAUUAUCUCUAGCUUAAACGGACAUAUUUUUUAUGGGGAUUUUGUAUUUAUUAUGCUAAUUUAGAUUUAUGCGGGGGCGCGGACAUCAACCUUAGGGGGUUUUAAGAACGAGUCCCCAAUAAAGGUCCUCAGUCGACACUGCUUUCCUACUAUCCUAGUGAAAAUCCACAUAGCCUUACAUAUAAUAUGUAGACUAGUUAUAGCAAAUUUUCAGAUCUGCUUUCCAUGUAUCAACCAACAGGCUUUGGAGUGUGUAGUCAACCAAUGUUCGCAAAAAAAUAGUUCUGCACUGAACAAAUUCCAGGUCUGCUGUGCGCAAACUUCUGUGCAACUUCCGGCGCGCGUUUACUGUGAACACUGAGGUUGUACCCUCUAAGUUCGUUUUAACAGUGGCCAAGUAGGCUACUGUGGCCAUUUGAUCAUAAUGUAGGCCUACCAGAGUUGCCUACUGUCAAAAAUAAUGGAGAAAAAUGCAUCCCAUAACAUUUUAACAUGGAAAUAGAGCAGCUAUCAUUCAGCCUACAGUAGCAGCUAAUGUGGUGUUAGAUGCCUACAUUCCUUGAGAUUUUUGGGAAAAAAAUACACGCAGGGCUUGUCCUUCAGACAAGGAGGUGACUGAAAAUGUUGUUUGAUGCAAGAAACCACUUUACAAAAUAAAAGUCUUUAUUAUUCAAAUACCAUUAUUACAGAGAAUCAGACAAAUUAUGCUCGGUCUAUUGGGUACUUAGCUUAUUCAAGACCAUCUCAAAAUGCAACACUGCCCCUUUAAGACAUAAAAAAGCUCUUUACCUGAUUGGUAAUGGUGGACCAGUCUGUGUAGAGUAUGAGUUGUGCCUGUCAAUGCAAUAGAAUCCUAUUCCAAUGCGCUCUGCCUACAAGUACAUCUCUUGCACAGUUUUACAUACUAAAUCUUGCAUAGUUCGUUUUGUUUCAGUAUAAUACAUUGGAAGUGGCUAAUGUGUUGAUUUGAUCACAAUUUACACAGUAGAGCGAACCGUUGAUAGUGUUAACUAAAGGGGAAAACUGUAGAAAGUUGAGUGAAGUUCAGUCUCGUGCUUCUCUGCCCGGGCUCAUAUUUCUUCUGGCAGUCCGAGGGGAGCAUUGUAGUCAACCACAAUCAUUCUAAUUACAUGAAUGUAAAAUCCUAAGAACGGUGUCUACGAAACCGAUUCCAUUCACCCAUGCAAAACUACAUGCUGCUUUUCUCUCCCUGCCUGCCUGUAACCCAGUCCAUUAAUGUCACUGUGGACCUGAGUCAUUACGGUAUUGAAUGCACAGCUCUUCACUGGCAUGGCACCAGUCAGGUUUCAUCCUAUUGUUUUACUGCAUGUUAGUGCCAAGAGUCUCUUGAAGCCUAUCUGAUCUGGCAGGGCCACAGUACCUUCAGUAUUGAAACUAAGUUGUUGCUGCUCCAUGUGUAUUGAUUUCUCUGUGUUGUCUGUAUCCUAAGUGUGUGUGGUCAGACCAACAUGAAAGGGACAGUGCGUUUAGUAUUUGACUGACAGCACAAUUCUUGUGGAUUUAGCUACUGUACACUACAUACACAACAGUGUAAUGUUGAUAAAAAGCUUCACCCAAUUGUUAUUGUAGUAAAUGUACAUUGUGUACAAGUUAUGACUAGGGUUGUCAUGAUACCAGUAUCGCAAUACUAUGAUAGCUGAUUUUCAAUGGCAAAAAGGAAAACACAAAGCAGACUAAACCUACUGUGUAUGUAAAAUAUUGUGUGCUAUAGCUUGGUAAAGAAACACGUGAUUCUGGGUGACAACAUAAGGCUGCUAAUUUCCAACAUUAGGGCUGUUUUCCUCAUGAAAUUCAGUCUGCUUGAUGUUCUGGUAUCGUGACAACCCUAGUUAUGACAGUGAUCUCAUGUUGAAAUGCAUUCCCUGAUGUAUCUAUAGGUUGUUUAGGGUAUUGAUAAAUUCAUCAGAGACUCAGGCAGGAACCUGUCUUAGUGGAAGAGCCUGUUGAUCUGUGUUCAUCAGCGCAUACGUUAAUCAGACUAGCUAUUGCUUGCUCUACGGAAGUGUGAGAUGAAGCUGUAAGCGUUUGAAUGCAACAGCAGUACUCCAGACAGCAACACGUUUCACAAGUUUCCCCUCAUAAAGGUCCUGAAUCUUGUUUUAGUGUUAAAACGACACACAAAAUGUUAAUGGAAUGGCCCCUUGAUACUUUCAAUCUGGAAGCCAUAUGUCCAUACUGGUCUGGUAAAAAUGUUGAAUCAUCCACCCACCCGUGCACACACACCCUCUCCAUCUCAUUCGUUUGGAUCUCACAUUGUAGGCAUGUUUAAACGAUAAGUAGGUCACAGCACAGGAGGAGGGAGGGGAAAAGAGACUCCUCUCUCUCUCACCCUGCCUCAACAAAGCAUGUCAUCCUGUCCUCCUUUGGCUGAGCCCCAGCAUAGAAAGCUGAGCAGGAGAACUGUGAGGCAGGCAUCCUUCAGUAGGCCAGGAACAGAAGGCUGCCAGCCUGGCUCAGAGCUGGUAAAAUCCAGAGACUGCCACGAUGCCAGCUGGUCAGGCUACGUUCCCCAUAGUAUUCUAGUGGCCUCUCCUUGUCUCUUCUCCUGACAGCUCUUCAAUCGCAUUCCAGAGCUAUGUUGGAGCAGCUGUGCUACCAUUCUGGACACUAUGGGUUCGAGGGCUUGUCAUAUGAUCCUCUGAAAUGUAUGACAUCUCUCAUAGACUUUUGCAUCCAUAGCUGUUGACCCAUUGGGUUUAAAACAUUCUGGAGGGUUCAUCGUUUCAGUGGAUGGCUAUAUUCAAUUUUGGUUUGGCCAGUGAAGGCUAAACAUCCCAUCCAUUCAUGUGGCAAAACCGAUGUGUUUCUUCCAUUGCGGCUAGUGACACACAAGGUAGCCGUUUUGUGCCUGAACACUCGCUAGAUGCCAGCUAUUGCAUUAGAAAGCUGACCACUGUGGAAUUAGGAAAGCAUUCUGUGCCAGAAUUUAAUGGUUAUUUUCCAACCCGCAAUGUUGUUUUAAAGAGAUUAGCGAUUUCCGGUGUUCGUACAAGCAGGAUUUCUCUGGCUAACUCUGUUAGCGUGAUCUGAUGUGAUUUUAGACUAGAGAUUUCUAGAGGCUUCUCUGUACGAAGACAUUCCUUGUUUUUUCAAUUUUAAUCUAAUGGAUAAAGAGGGGAAGACUGAAGCUUUGCUGUAGCUCUUUUAUGUUUUGUGUGAACCAAAGAAUCACUUAAUCUGUGAUCAGAAGGAUAAGCCUGUUGCUCUGAGUUCAGUCAAACAGCCUCCUCCUAGCUGGUUAGCUGGCUUGUACUUCGUUCAUUCAAUAAAUAGUCUAGUGAAUUUACACCUGGGAACACCUUGGAUUAUUUUUCUGUGACUUUCUUUUCCAUAUGUCAGCAAAAAAUCUUAAAUGUCAAUCAUUGGCUUUAUAUGAACCAGUCAACUUUGCUCCUGGGCCUUGACAAGCAAAAAGCAGUAAUUCAUUGGCCAACAUCACGUGUGUCAAAAACAUUAAAGCACUAUAUAGCCAGCCGCCUGAGAUACCAUGUGCUUCACCCUCUCUGCCCCCCAUAUAGCCUACUGCCGUACACCAACUCUCCACACAUAGUCUCGCUAGUUGCUACACACACACCCAUCCACACAGCCAUGUUUCUCACGCACCCACCCACGUUAUGGGGUUAAUGUGUAUGUGUGAGUUUUCUACCAGUCUCCACUGACCUGCGGAACUCAGCUAGUCAUUUUGUUAGUUCAGAUGUAGUUCAGCCUGUAGUGUGAGGCGACCCCAGUCUGUCACUGGCUGACUGCUCUUCUCUCUGUAUAUGCUGUUCCACUGACCUCUACUGUCAUUCCCCGUGGCCAUCGGGGAGCUCCACACAUGCAUGUCAAAUGUAUAGAGAGGACACCACCAUUGGAAGUUGAUGGUUUGUAGCCAAACAACAUUAGCCAAGUAUGCAAUCAAGGUAUCACCAAAUCUAUGUGAGGGCUAAUUGAUUAAAUGUGUUAUGGUCUUCUCAAUGGAAAAUAGGUGCCCUGCUGCUGUUGCCAAUAUGGCCUGAGUCAGACCAGUGAACUGCUUCCCAUUUUUAAAUGUAUCUUUUCCCCCAGUUUCACCCUCAGAGCAGAAACCUGACCAAGCCAGGCCUCAGAGUGGGCACAGACCCUUCUCUUUCCCUGCUCUUUGUCUAUCUAUUUAUAGACUACAUGGGUUAUUUAUGACAGCCUUUGCCUGGUAGCAGUGUGUGAUCUUCCAUGGAGGCCUGGGUUUUUACUGGCUUUAGAGUGGGUCCAUGAUGCUCUGUCUGAAAGCUGCCUCACAUCACCUGGGCCGUUUGACUGCCCAGCUCUGGCUGUAACGCCAGGAAUCUGCCCUCGUUAAAAAGGCAUACACCUGCUAGCCAUUUCUUAUCCAUGCUAGGGUAGCAGCUUGAUAUACAGCAGUGGCAACAUAGCUAUUUAUUGAGCUGACUCAUUCCCAGUCUGACAGACACAGAGAGCUACUGCUGUGAGUUACGACUGCAGUCUAGUCACUCGCUACUGCUGCUGUCUGCCCUCUGAAUGGCUGCCAGCUGCCUGCCUGCCACCCGGGGAUUUAGUUCACUUUAUUACUGCUUUAUUCCUAUAUUUUAUAGGUCCCUUCCUUUGGCUGGCACACCUUUCAAAUUACAUUUGAAUGAUGUUGGCUGUGUCUCAAGUCUCCACUAGCUUCCUUGCCUUGUCUCCUUUCCUUCACCACCACUGAUGUGAGAAAAGGUGAUCGUAUAUUUUCACCUGCUAGUUUUAGAAGAAAAUUAGGAGAAGAAAGGAGGAAAGUAGGGCUGGAAGGCAGCCAUUGCCCCAGUGUUAAUGUUGUGGUGGUCUUUGCCCUCUCCCCAGGUGGUGACAGAUAUAACCUGUGUGUAUGGGUCCCCAUAGCUACAGUCAGUAAGCUGUGCUGUGACUGACAGAUACUGGAGAUGCAUCCAGCUGCAGAUUAUGCGGGCUGAGGUGGUCUGCGAAUCUCAAAGCGCAUGCGCCUCAGACGGUAUUUUUGGUCUCAGACUGUAUUUUUGGUCUCAGGUGGAAUGCAACCUGAACUCGAGACAUGCUCCAGGGCGUCAGUGUGCUACGCACAUACCAGUCGGUGCACUAGCUCUGGUCCAGGGCGUUAUGUUAGUGCGUUAGCAUUGUAGUGGUUGAAGUUGGGAGAGGCUAGCUAUCUGUGUGUUCAGGGUUAAUUUUUUGAUACAAUGUUAAUGCCAAAAAUCACUACAACCAAGCAACCAGUGUUGCUUGUAUUGUAGCUGUCACCUUGAUAAAUUGGCUACACUGACUAGCUAGCUACUACUAAUAGCAAAGAUACUGAUAAGAGAUGUGCAUCUCUCCUUUCAUGAACGAUUCGAUUUGCAUCUAGAUGAUACUUUGGCUCCGAUACAGGAACGAUCCGUUUUAGUUUGAAACGAUUCGGUUUGAAUAGGGUAAUGAAUUGAUGCAAUACGAUUCGAUGCACUAAAUGUUUUUGCGUGAACACAUUAAUUUUCCAUUUUAAAUUAAUAUCUGCUGCUGAUGGGAGCUCAGGAGCUGGCCCCCGUUGCAUAAAACAUGUUCAUUUUCUACUAUCUUUUCCAUUAAAGUUUCUUCAACUUUGUCAGUUGCACAAAACAUUUUGUAAGGGUGCCCAUGAUGUCCCUUAAGUGCUUCAUUCAGUAUAGAUAUCAAUGUAAACAGCAUUUGUGGAGGUGAAUGUUGCUUGCCUCUGCCCUGGUUUCAAAAGUAAAUCAACCGUCAGCUAGCUAGCUAGGUACGCUAGCUAGCUACUUAGCUAAACAAUGGAAGGUGCACAUUCCAUGACUACAAAGUUAGCUUGACGUGCUAGAAAGUAAUUGAAACAAGUUGAGAAAAGGUAACUAAAAUAAACGUGUUUUAUUAUCUUCUGAAUAAAUGCAUAUCUUUGACAAGUUCAGCCAGUGAAUCACUCUUUCUGCCAUACAUCAAAUCAAAUUUUAUUUGCCACAUGUGCGGAAUACAACAAGUGUAGACCUUACAGUGAAAUGCUUACUUAUAAGCCCUUAACCAACAACGCAGUUUUAAGAAAAAUAAGUGUUAAGUAUUUUUUUUAUAGAUAAGUAAAACAUUUAAAUAACUAAUAAUUAAAGAGCAGCAGUAAAAUAACAGUAGGGAGGCUAUAUACAGGGGGUACCGGUACAGAGUCAAUGUGCGGGGGCAUAGGUUAGUCGAGGUAAAUGAGGUAAUAUGUACAUGUGGGUAGAGUUAAAGUGACUAUGCAUAGAUAAUAAACAGAGUAGCAGCAGCGUAAAAGAGGGGGUGGGGGGACAAUGCAAAUAGUCCGGGUAGCCAUGAUUAGCUGUUCAGGAGUCUUAUGGCUUAGGGUGAAUAUAGGUCCUGGUAUAUAGGUCCUGGAUGGCAGGAAGCUUGGCCCCAGUGAUGUGCUGGGCCGUACGCACUACCCUCUGUAGUGCCUUGAGGUCGGAGGCCAAGCAAUUGCCAUACCAGGCAGUGAUGCAACCAGUCAGGAUGCUCUCGAUGGUUCAGCUGUAGAACUUUUUCAGGAUCUGAGGACCCAUGCCAAAUCUUUUCAGUCUCCUGAGGGGGAAUAGGCUUUGUCGUGCCCUCUUCACAACUGUCUUGGUGUGUUUGGACCAUGAUAUUUAUUGGUGAUGUGGACACCUAGGAACUUGAAGCUCUCAACCUGUUCCACUACAGCCCCGUCGAUGAGAAUUGGGGCAUGCUCAGUCCUCUUUUUUUCCUGUUGUCCACAAUCAUCUCCUUCUGUCUUGAUCACUUUGAGGGAGAGGUUGUUAUCCUGGCACCACACGGCCAGGUCUCUUACCUCCUCCCUAUAGGCUGUCUCAUCGUUGUCGGUGAUCAGGCCUACCACUGUUGUGUCGUCGGCAAACUUAAUGAUGGUGUCGGAGUCGUGCCUGGCCAUGCAGUCAUGGGUGAACAGGGAGUACAGGAGGGGACUGAGGGGCCCCCGUGUUGAGGAUCAGCGUGGCAGAUGUAUCAAAUAGCCCCCGCGAUAUGCAACUUUUCAGGGAAGUUAGGAACCAAUAUACACAAGCAGUUAGGAAAGCAAAGGCUAACUUUUUCAAACAGAAAUUUGCAUCCUGUAGCACUAACUCCAAAAAGUUUUGGGACACUGUAAAGUCCAUGGAAAAUAAGAGCACUUCCUCCCAGCUGCCCACUGCACUGAGGCUAGGAAACACUAUCACCACCGAUAAAUCUACAAUAAUCGAGAAUUUCAACAAGCAUUUUGCUACGGCUGGCCAUGCUUUCCACCUGGCUACCACUACCCCGGCCACCAGCUCUGCACCCUCCGCUGCAACUUGCCCAUGCCCCCCCCCCGCUUCUCCUUCACACAAAUCCAGACAGCUGAUGUUCUGAAAGAGCUGCAAAAUCUGGACCCCUACAAAUCAUCUGGGCUAGACAAUCUGGACCCUUUCUAAAACUAGCCGCCGAAAUUGUCGCAACCCCUAUUACUAGCCUGUUCAACCUCUCUUUCAUAACGUCUGAGAUCCCCAGAGAUUGGAAAGCUGCCGCGGUCAUCCCCCUCUUCAAAGGGGGUGACACUCUAGAUCCAAACUGUUACAGACCCAUAUCCAUCCUGCCCUGCCUUUCAAAAGUUUUUGAAAGCCAAGUUAACAAACAGAUCACCGACCAUUUCGAAUCCCACCGUACCUUCUCCGCUAUGCAAUCCGGUUUCCGAGCUGGUCAUGGGUGCACUUCAGCCACGCUCAAGGUCCUAAACGAUAUUAUAACCGCGAUCGAUAAUAGACAGUACUGUGCAGCCGUUUUCAUUGACCUGGCCAAGGCUUUCGACUCUGUCAACCACCGCAUUCUUAUUGGCAGACUAAAUAGCCUUGGUUUCUCAAAUGACUGCCUCGCCUGGUUCACCAACUACUUCUCAGAUAGAGUUCAAUGUGUCAAAUCGGAGGGCCUGUUGUCUGGACCUAUGGCAGUCUCUAUGGGGGUGCCACAGGGUUCAAUUAUUGGGCCGACUCUUUUCUGUGUAUAUCAAUGACGUCGCUCUUGCUGCUGGUGUCUCUCAGAUCCACCUCUACGCAGACGACACCAUUUUGUAUACAUCUGGCCCUUCAUUGGACACUGUGUUAACAAACCUCCAAACGAGCUUCAAUGCCAUACAACACUCCUUCAGUAGCCUCCAACUGCUCUUAAACAGUAGUAAAACUAAAUGCAUGCUCUUCAACCGAACGCUUCUUGCACCCGCCCACCCGACUAGAAUCACUACUCUCGACGGGUCUGACCUAGAGUAUGUGGACAACUACAAAUAUCUAGGUGUCUGGUUAGACUGUAAACUCUCCUUCCAGACUCACAUUAAGAAUCUCCAAUCCAAAGUUAAAUCUAGAAUCGGUUUCCUAUUUCGCAACAAAGCCUCCUUCACUCAUGCUGCCAAACUUGCCCUCGUAAAACUGACUAUCCUACCGAUCCUUGACUUCGGCGAUGUCAUUUACAAAAUAGCCUCCAACACUCUACUCAGCAAAUUGGAUGUAGUCUAUCACAGUGCCAUCCGUUUUGUCUCCAAAGCCCCAUAUACUACCCACCACUGUGACCUGUACGCUCUUGUUGGCUGGUCCUCACUACAUAUUCGUCGCCAAACCCACUGGCUCCAGGCCAUCUAUAAAUCACUGCUAGGCAAAUCCCCGCCUUAUCUUAGCUCAUUGGUCACCAUAGCAACACCCACCCGUAGUAUGCGCUCCAGCAGGUAUAUCUCACUGGUCAUCCCCAAAGCCAACACCUCCUUUGGCCGCCAUUCCUUCCAGUUCUCUGCUGCCAAUGACUGGAACAAAUUGCAAAAAUCUCUGAAGCUGGAGACACUUAUCUCCCUCACUAACUUUAAGCAUCAGUUGUCAGAGCACCUUACCGAUCACUGCACCUGUACACAGCCCAUCUGAAAUUAGCCCGCCCAACUACCUCAUCCCUAUAUUGUUAUUUAUUUUGCUAAUUUGUACCCCAGUAUCUCUAUUUGCACAUCAUCUCUUGCACAUCUAUCAUUCCAGUGUUAAUACUAAUUGUAAUUAUUUUGCACUAUAGCCUAUUUAUUGCCUUACCUCCAUAACUUGCUACAUUUGCACACACUGUAUAUAUAUUUAUUUCUGUUGUAUUUUUGACUUUGUUUUGUUUUACCCCAUAUGUAACUCUGUGUUGUUGUUUUUAUCGCACUGCUUUGCUUUAUCUUGGCCAGGUCGCAGUUGUAAAUGAGAACUUGUUCUCAACUGGUUUACCUGGUUAAAUAAAGGUGAAAUAAAUAAAAUAAAUAAAUAAAAUGUGUUGUUACCUACCCUUACCACCUGGGGGCAGCCCAUCAGGAAGUCCAGGAUCCAGUUGCAGAGGGGAGGUGUUUAGUCCCAGAGUCCUUACAUGCCUUCAAACUACCGUAAAACCAUUAAAUGAUGCCCUCACCUAAGGAAAUGUUUGAGGGGCUCUAUGCAACACCCUUAAACAAUUCCUUUAGGUAAGGGAACAUUAUUCCUUAAAGGUGCAAUAUGCAGAAAUCACUCCGCCACUUCCUGGUUGCUAAAAUUAAAAUAGUUUGCCCAAUUUCAGUUUGUGACAAAACAAGCAAUGUUUAGUGUAGAGAAUCAUUGUAACAUCUAAACCGCUGUGAAAUAUAUUUUCAAUAAGCAAAAAUAUUGUAUUUUCAGCUGUUUGAAGCUGGUGUACAAAACCAAAAGUGAAAGACGCAAAAAUGUAACUUAAGAACAGGAAGGAUCUGAAUAGCGCACAUAGAACAGAUCUACAGCUUCUUAGAAUUGCUUUCAAUGAGAAUUACAGAUCUAAAACUCAGAUUUCUAUGUGAAUUUGGUUGUGUUGCCCAAAAGGGUGCAUAUUGCAGCUUUAAGGUAAACCCUUAAGGUAAACAAUUAAGAUGUUUUAUGCAACCGGGCCCUGGGCCUCAGCUGAUUCUGUCUGAGAUUACUUCUCUAAGCUGAGUGGCUCUCUGUUAGUGUGUGUGGCAAUGUAUUCUUUUUCUCCCCCCACGUUUUAUCAGAAAUCACAAUCACCUACUGAUUAACUUGUCAGUUUUGCAGAUAAUAAAUGUUUUGAGGUAGUACUAUGUCAAUAUUUAUCUUUAGAGAUUAGCAUGGCAUUUAGCCAAUUAAUAUAAUGCAGCUUUGGAUUUUACCCGUCUCAAAAGUGAUUGGUUUAGACCUUUUGGAAUUUUACAGAGAGCUUCUCCCGCUCUGACCAAUGAAUGUGACCAUGCGCAGCUCGCAAAAAAUAUUUCUGUCCUUUAUGAAAUUACCCUGUUAAAUUAAAAAUGACCAAAUACACUGACUGUUUUAAAGCAAAACUACCAAAACUAUUUUUAUGGUGAACCUGAACAAUCUAAAUAAAAUCUGAAUGAUUGACAACCCCAAUCAGCAGUGAGUUACAGUGGGGAGAACAAGUAUUUGAUACACUGCCGAUUUUGCAGGUUUUCCUACUUACAAAGCAUGAAGAGGUCUGUAAUUUUUAUCAUAGGUACACUUCAACUGUGAGAGACGGAAUCUAAAACAAAAAUCCAGAUCCAAUCACAUUGUAUGAUUUUUAAGUAAUCAUUUGCAUUUUAUUGCAUGACAUAAGUAUUUGAUCACCUACCAACCAGUAAGAAUUCCUGCUCUCACAGACCUGUUAGUUUUUCUUUAAGAAGCCCUCCUGUUCUCCACUCAUUACCUGUAUUAACUGCACCUGUUUGAACUCGUUACCUGUAUAAAAGACACCUGUCCACACACUCAAUCAAACAGACUCCAACCUCUCCACAAUGGCCAAAACCAGAGAGCUGUGUAAGGACAUCAGGGAUAAAAUUGUAGACCUGCACAAGGCUGGGAUGGGUUUCAGGACAAUAGGCAAGCAGCUUGGUGAGAAGGCAACAACUGUUGGCGCAAUUAUUAGAAAAUGGAAGAAGUUCAAGAUGACGGUCAAUCACCCUCGGUCUGGGGCUCCAUGCAAGAUCUCACCUCGUGGGGCAUCAAUGAUCAUGAGGAAGGUGAGUGAUCAGCCCAGAACUAGUCAAUGACCUGAAGGACCUGGUCAAUGACCUGAAGAGAGCUGGGACCACAGUCUCAAAGAAAACCAUUAGUAACACACUACGCCGUCAUGGAUUAAAAUCCUGCAGCGCACGCAAGGUCCCCCUGCUCAAGCCAGCGCAUGUCCAGGCCCGUCUGAAGUUUGCCAAUGACCAUCUGGAUGAUCCAGAGGAGGAAUGGGAGGUCAUGUGGUCUGAUGAGACAAAAAUAUAGCUUUUUGGUCUAAACUCCACUCGCUGUGUUUGGAGGAAGAAGGAUGAGUACAACCCCAAGAACACCAUCCCAACCGUGAAGCAUGGAGGUGGAAACAUCAUUCUUUGGGGAUGCUUUUCUGCAAAGGGGACAGGACGACUGCACCGUAUUGAGGGGAGGAUGGAUGGGGCCAUGUAUCGCGAGAUCUUGGCCAACAACCUCCUUCCCUCAGUAAGAGCAUUGAAGAUGGGUCGUGGCUGGGUCUUCCAGUUUGACAACGACCCGAAACACACAGCCAGGGCUACUAAGGAGUGGCUCGGUAAGAAGCAUCUCAAGGUCCUGGAGUGGCCUAGCCAGUCUCCAGACCUGAACCCAAUAGAAAAUCAUUGGAGGGAGCUGAAAGUCCGUAUUGCCCAGCGACAGCCCCAAAACCUGAAGGAUCUGGAGAAGGUCUGUAUGGAGGAGUGGGCCAAAAUCCCUGCUGCAGUGUGCAAACCUGGUCAAGACCUACAGGAAACGUAUGAUCUCUGUAAUUGCAAACAAAGGUUUCUGUACCAAAUAUUAAGUUCUGCUUUUCUGAUGUAUCAAAUACUUAUGUCAUGCAAUAAAAUGCAAAUUAAUUACUUAAAAAUCAUACAAUGUGAUUUUCUGGAUUUUUGUUUUAGAUUCCGUCUCUCACAGUUGAAGUGUACCUAUGAUUAAAAAUUACAGACCUCCUACAUGCUUUGUAAGUAGGAAAACCUGCAAAAUCGGCAGUGUAUCAAAUACUUGUUCUCCCCACUGUAUUUGCGAGGGGAAAAAAACAUAUGGGGAAUUGGAAGUAAUGCAGACAAUUACAUUGAUUACACAGUUAUCUGACAGCCAUACGCAGUAGGCUUGGGCGGUAUACUGUGUAUACCGGUGCAUUUUGAAAAAGCCACAGGAUGGUUUUUCAAUACCGUUAACUAUUUCUUUGAAGUUUGUUUUAAUAAAUUUGAAUAUUUGUAGCUGCUUUUUAAGGAAAUACCUGCAGUCAACGUAUGCGAUACGUUAGGAGAUAAAGAACAUUGCGUUCUUCAUCUGUCACAUUAUGUAGUUUAUGGUAGUCCCCAGUCACGUGUCAUGUGGUGUUUGUUUAUAAACACACGACAACAAGAGACCGGAGCCUUGAGAGUCACUCACUGUCGUGCAGCAUGCGCCAGGUGAUCUAAUUACAGUAUGGAAUUCAUAACUACAUGUUUGCCAACUAGAUACAGUAUCAUAACUAUUAAGUUAACUGUCUAAAAUGUUCUAAAUGCUCUGCAGUUGUGCAUUUGGUUUGCUAAUUUAUUAGCUAGUUCGCUAUCUAGCUAAGUGGUUAGCUUGUUCUAAAAUCAAGUAUUUAUUGUUGACAGCAGAAAUUCCCAUCUUGGAUCAAGAACCUGACUGGAGAAUUUUUGUUUUGUGCAUACAGCAAACUGUGAGUAGUGUUUUUUAGUUACUUGUAUAGUUUAGGUCAGAAACAAGAACAAAUUGUUCGCAAUGCGCUCGUUAUAAUUUAGUUAGCAUUGUCUAUGAGGAUUCCUUAGUACUUGUUAGCAUUUUGUUAGAAGUGAAAUUUUUUGGGCUUUUUUAUUUUUUAUUUAACUAGGCAAGUCAGUUAACAAAUUCUUAUUUACAAUGACGGCCUACCCUGGCCAAACCUGGACGACGCUGGGCCAAUUGUGCACCGCCCUAUGGGACCCCCAAUCACGGCCGGUUUGUGAUACAGCCUGGAAUCGAACCAGGGUCUGUAGUGACGCCUCUAGCACUGAGAUGCAAUUUCACCACCCAUGCUGUUGGUGGCGGUAACGCACCAUCCUCUGUCACCAUUCCACAUCCUGUCUCAGCUCGUACGUUUCACAGCAUUUAUGCCUUGAGAAGGUAUCUGAUGGAGACAGACUCUUUUGAGAUACUUGGCCUAUUUCGGCACUGGAUUUAUGGCUGUGGUAAUGUUUACAUUUUGCAGUGGAGGACAUUCUGAUUUGCAUUUGUACCCUACCCAUUACCCAGAACAUUCUGUGCCAGCAUGGUGCCCAUUACAAUUCUAGGUUAGUAAAUCUCAAACUAGGUUUGUGAAUAUCUGUAGUUUUGGGUCAGUAUGAGUGCUCUUUCUGAGUGAGUCGCAACCUGCUUAGUCAGAAACUCCGUAUAGUUGUUAGUUACCAAAAAACAGCAAGGCUAUAACUGUGACUCUUGUCAAUCUUAGUGGUGACUGAUUUCAUAGUGAAGCAAUGAGCUCAGUUGGUAGAGCAUGGCGCUUGCAACGCCAGGGUUGUGGGUUCGAUUCCCAUGGGGGGCCAGUAUGAAAAAUGUAUGCACUCACUAACUGUAAGUCGCUCUGGAUAAGAGUGUCUGCUAAAUUACUAAAAUGUAAGUCUGAAGUUUACAUACACUUAGGUUGGAGUCAUUAAACUCCACAAAUUUCUUGUUAACAAACUAUAGUUUUGGCAAGUCGGUUAGGACAUCUACUUUGUGCAUGACACAAGUAAUUUUUCCAACAAUUGUUUACAGACAGAUUAUUUCACUUAUAAUUCACUGUAUUACAAUUCCAGUGGGUCAGAAGUUUACAUACACUAAGUUGACUGUGCCUUCAAACAGCUUGGAAAAUUCCAUAAAAUGAUGUGAGCUCCUGAGUGGCGCAGUGGUCUAAGGCACUGCAUUGCAGUGCUAACUGUGUCACUAGAGAUCCUGGUUCGAAUCCAGACUCUGUCGCAGCCGGCCGCGACCGGGAGACUCAUGGGCGGCGCACAAUUGGCCCAGCGUUGUCCAGGGUAGGGGAGGGAAUGGCCGGCAGGGAUGUAGCUCAGUUGAUAGAGCAUGGCGUUUGCAACGCCAGGGUUGUGGGUUCGAUUCCCAUGGGGGGCCAGUAUAAAAAAAAAUAUAAAAAACUGUAAGUCGCUCUGGAUAAGAGCGUCUGCUAAAUGACAAAAAUGUAAAUGUAAUGGCUUUAGAAGCUUCUGAAAGGUAAUUAACAUCAUUUGAGUCACUUGGAGGUGUACCUGUGGAUGUAUUUCAAGGCCUACCUUCAAACUCAAUGCCUCUUUGCUUGACAUCAUGGGAAAAUCUAAAGAAAUCAGCCAAGACAUCAGAAAAAAAAUGGUAGACCUCCACAAGUCUUGUUCAUCCUUGGGAGCAAUUUCCACACGCCUGAAGGUACCACGUUCAUCUGUACAAACAAUAGUACGCAAGUAUAAACACCAUGGGACCACGCAGCCAUCAUACCACUCAGGAAGGAGAUGUGUUCUGUCUCCUAGAGAUGAACGUACUUUGGUGCGAAAAGUGCAAAUCAAUCCCAGAACAACAGCAAAGGACCUUGUGAAGAUGCUGGAGGAAACAGGUACAAAAGUAUCUAUAUCCACAGUAAAACGAGUCCUAUAUCGACAUAACCUGAAAGGCCGCUCAGCAAGGAAGAAGCCACUGCUCCAAAACUGCCAUAAAAAAGCCAGACUAUGGUUUGCAACUGCACAUGGGGACAAAGAUCAUACUUUUUGGAUAAAUGUCCUCUGGUCUGAUGAAACAAAAAUAUAACUGUUUGGCCAUAAUGACCAUCAUUAUGUUUGGAGUGAAAAGGCUUGCAAGCCAAAGAACACCAUCCCAACCCUGAAGCACGGGGGUGGCAGCAGCAUGCUAUGGGGCUUUGCUGCAGGAGGGACUGGUGCACUUCACAAAAUAGAUGGCAUCAUGAGGAAGGAAAAUUAUGUGGAUAUAUUGAAGCAACAUCUCAAGACAUCAGUCAGGAAGUUAAAGCUUGGUCGCAAAUUGGUCUUCCAAAUGGACAAUUACCCCAAGCAUACUUCCAAAGUUGUGGCAAAAUGGCUUAAGGACAACAUAGACAAGGUAUUGGAGUGGCCAUCACAAUGCCCUGACCUCAAUCCCAUAGAACAUUUGUGGGCAGAACUGAGAAAAAGCGUGUGCGAGCAAGGAGGCCUACAAACCUGACUCAGUUACACCAGCUCUGUCAGGAGGAAUGGGCCAAAAAUUCACCCAACUUAUUGUGGGAAGCUUGUGGAAGGCUACCUGAAACGUUUGACCCAAGUUAAACAAUUUAAAGGCAAUGCUACCAAAUACUAAUUGAGUGUAUGUAAACUUGUGAACCACAGGGAAUGUGAUGAAAGAAAUAAAAGCUGAAAUAAAUCCUUCUCGCUACUAUUAUUCUGACAUUUCACAUUCUUAAAAUAAAGUGGUGAUCCUAACUGACCUAAGACAGGGACUUUUUACUAGGAUUAAAUGUCAGGAAUUGUGAAAAACUGAGUUUAAAUGUAUUUGCCUAAGGUGUAUGUAAACUUCUGACUUCAACUGUAUGUGGCUCACUGUUGUUCGCUGUCAUGAUCUCACUUCUGAGUGUUGAGCUGUUUAACACUACUGACAUUCUGAUCUUGUGAUACUGUUUUCAGAGAAAGGCUGUGCACACAGGUGUGUUUGUAUGUGUAGGCCUAAGUGUGUGUGUCUGUGUGUUGGUUUGUGAGUGUGCUGUGGAGUGGCACUGGCAGGCUCUGAGAGGAGGCUAUUCAGGUGAGCUAGGAGACGGUGGCUGAGUGCUGCUAUGUUUACUUACUAAACUCGAAUCUGCCCCACUGACUCUCUCCCUCUCCUGGCCUCCUCAGUCAGUUAACCAUUGCUCGGACUGGGCACAGCCCAGAUAGCAGCAGACAGUACAGUACAACUCUGACGUGAGGAGACACUUAACGUUACAGUUCAGGGGUCCAAGUCAAGCCCUACCCUAUGCACUCAACUGUAGAUCUGACAGAAUUGGAUUAGAAUUAGCACGAAGGCAAAUAGAUCGGAUAGAAAGGCAUCUGACUGUCAGGCUGCUCCGAACUCUAAUGACAGUACAGUACAAUGUAAAUCUACCUUAAUAAUCCACUGAAAAUCUUGUCAGCUUUACAAGAUGUGCUAAUGUGUAUUAGGGCUGGGCGUUAUUGCGAAAAUAUAUCCCGGUAUAAAAAGGGACGGUAUUUUAUGUUUUUGAAUAAUAAGUUACAAAUGAUCUUUAUGAGUAAUGUGUGACCCUAGGGUGGCAACACAUACAUUCUAAGGGAUUUCAAUGGGUCUUUCUCCAUUCUGAUUGUUUUAUGCGGUUCAAUUGAACUUCAACCCAAAAUAAUUUUCUGCAUUUUCAUCCAUUUCUGCAUUUCCUGAGAUCAGUUCCACCCUGCCACGAAGGGCUGCACGAUAUGAGCAAACGAUCUAGGCCUUAUUUUUUACCAAAUCUUGCAAUUGUGAUUUGACUUGUGAUUUAGAGCAAAACACUUGGGUGAACGGUUUGAAUCAUGGAAAUGGAAUGAUUAUUCUAAUUCUAUAGUUAGAAUAUAAUAGUGGGCACUUUGAAUACAGUGUUUGACAUGACGACAAAUGAAAAUGCCAGGGAGGAGUUAUUGUAACAGAAUAGGAAUCAGUGUUGACAAGUGUUUCCUAGGGGACCCUAUAAUCUUUGGCUACAUUUUAAUAUUUUCUCUUAGCUACUUCAUGUAGCUAACAUAUUUUUGCUUUGCGUGUUCCUCUUUGAUUUAGAAGAUACUGUUGCACAAAAAAACAUGCAGAUGUACACUACGUCAAAGGUUUGGACACACCUACUCAUUCAAGGGUUUUUCUUUAUUUUUACAUUUUUUUACAUUGUAGAAAAAUCAAAACUAUGAAAUAACACACAGAAUCAUGUAGUUAGCAAAAAAGUGUUAAACAAAUCAAAAUAUAUUUGAGAUUCUUCAAUAGCCACCCUUUGCCUUGAUGACCGCUUUGCGCACUCUCUUGGCAUUCUCUCAACCAGCUUCAUGAGGUAGUCACCUGGAAUGCAUUUCAAUUAACAGGUGUGCCGCCUUAAAAGUUAAUUUGUGGAAUUUAUUUCCUUAAUGCGUUUGAGCCAAUCAGUUGUGUUGUGACAAGGUAGGGGGGGAUAUACAGAAGAUAGCCCUAUUUGGUAAAAGACCAAGUCCAUAUUAUGGCAAGAACAGCUCAAAUAAGCAAAGACAAACGACAGUCCAUCAUUACUUUAAGACAUGAAGGUCAGUCAAUAGGGAACAUUUCAAGAACUUUGAAUGUUUCUUCAAGUGCAAUCGCAAAAACCAUGAAGCGCUAUGAUGAAACUGGCUUUCAUGAGGACCGCCACAGGAAUGGAAGAUCCAGAGUUACCUCUGCUGCAGAGGAUAAGUUCAUUAGAGUUACCAGCCUCAGAAAUUGCAUCCCAAAUAAAUGCUUCACAGAGUUCAAGUCACAGACACAUCUCAACAUCAACUGUUCAGAAGGGACUGUGUGAAUCAGGCCUUCAUGGUCGAAUUGCUGCAAAGAAACCACUACUAAAGGACACCAAUAAGAAGAAUAGACCUGCUUGGGCCAAGAAACACGAGCAAUGGACAUUAGACCAUUGGAACUGUGUCCUUUGGUCUGGAGUCCAAAUUGGAGAUUUCUGGUUCAAACCGCCAUGUCUUUGUGAGACGCAGAGUAGGUGAACUGAUGAUCUCCACAUGUGUAUUUCCCACCGUAAAGCAUGGAGGAGGAGGUGUAAUGGUGUGGGGGUGCUUUGCUGGUGACACUGUCUUUUGAUUUAUUUAGAAUUCAAGGCACACUUAACCAGCAUGUCUACCACAGCAUUCUGCAGCGAUACGCCAUCCCAUCUGGUUUGGGUGUUGUGGGUCUAUCAUUUUUUCCAACAGGACAAUGACCCAACACACCUCCAGGCUGUGUAAGGGCUAUUUUACCAAGAGGGAGAGUGAUGGAGUGCUGCAUCAGAUGACCUGGCCUCCACAAUCACCCUACCUCAAACCAAUUGGGAUGGUUUGGGAUGAGUCGGACAGCAGAGUGAAGGAAACGCAGCCAACAAGUGCUCAGCAUAUGUGGGAACUCCUUCAAGACUGUUGGAAAAGCAUUCCAGGUGAAGCUGGUUGAGAGCAUGCCAAGAGUGUGCAAAGCUGUCAUAGGCAAAGGGUGGCUACUUUGAAGAAUCUCAAAUAUAAAAUAUAUUUUGAUUUGUUUUAACACUUUUUGGGUUACUACAUGAUUCCAUAUGUGUUAUUUCAUAGUUUUGAUGUCUUCAUUAUUAUUCUACAAUGUAGAAAAUAGUAAGAAAUAAAGAACAACCCUUGAAUGAGUAGGUGUGUCCAAACUUUUAACUGGUACUGUAGGUCUACACCAUCACUGGCAUUAUCAGGCUGUAUAGCUAGUUAUGUUUGUUCUGACUCACGCCUUGAUCACACCGAUAGCGUCAUUGUGCAAAAUAGUAUGCAGCAUCAUCUGGAAAUGUGUGCAACCAAAGUUCACCGUUCACCUUCUGCUACCAUUUCUGUCAAGCCGUCUACGCAUACAGUUUGACGCAUACGUUCGAUAAAUCCAAUGUAUGCACCACACAGAAUGCACUGCAACUGCCUCUGCAAUGCAAUGCUGCAAGGCAAACACAGCGUUCCAUGGGAAAUGUAAUGUACUUCUGGUGUACCAAAAUGCAAUGACGCUGUUGGUGUGAUCGAGGCGUCAGUACAUUUUAUUAGCUAGAUAGUGAUUAGCAUUAGCAGCUAACAAGAUUUAGGCCCAACUUUCUAUGGAAAGACAAACUAGCUGUUUGCCGAUGUAAGAAACACAAACUAAUAGUGUAAUUAUAGAACGCUAGUGGAUUUAUAUUAAAAAGUAAAGUGAUGACUGCAUCGUUGUCAACAACAUUGUUGCAUGUGCUGCAUUGACCAUGCAGAGACAAUUCAAGUGUUGUGGUCGAGGAACAACAAAUGCGCUCCUUUAGUAACAGGGGGCAGGGCUAGGUCUGUGUGGAAAGCGGCAUGGAGAGAGAUGACUCAGGUAGAAAACUAUAUCAAUGGAUGUUACACACGGCGUAUCACAUUUAACAAACCAAACAUUCACAUACCGUUAUAGAAGGUAAAGUAAAAACCCAAACCGAUCUGUGCAUCAAUGUAAAAUACGGUAUACUGCCCAGCCCUAAUGUGUAGGGGCGAGGGGUCUGUUUUUGAUUUGAAAGAGCAAAGAAAAGGAAAGGGGAACCACGGGCCCAGCAGAAACUGAAACUAGGUCAGAGGGCACAGCAAGCACCCCCUCGACCCUGACAUUCACCCCCAGCCCUCAUCCAGGCUCAGGGUCACCCCUCCGACUAAAAUAUACUCUUGUUCCCUAUCACCCCCUCAACCCUCCGCCCCUUACAGAAAACGCUGCCUCUUGUCCAAAGAAUGUGUCCUGUCUGCCAAAACACCCUCCCUAGUAACUGCCCCCCCACACUCAACACUCAUCAGUCAGACCAAAGCCCCACAGUCGGAACAGCUCAGGUCCUCUUUAACUGCUGUUUCAUUGCUCUUUUGUUGAGAAAGUUCUCGCUCUGUCUCUCUUUCCCUGUGCUCUCCUCAAACAAUGGGGAGCGUUUCCUGGACAACCUGGCAGGGUGUCAGGUCUUUGACUAAGGGGGUUCUAUUCUGGGCUGGGUUGACUGGUGAUGGGUUGCCAGAUCUUGUGCUGACGUUUUAUAUUGUGGUCUGGUCUGGGUUGGCAGAGCACAGUGCAAAUGUAGGUCAGUCCAGCAGUAUAUCUGGCAACUAGUGGCAACCCUGAGACUGAGGCAUAAAGGCCUCAGGCCUGUGCACAGACUCUGGCCGUUUUAGUAUUUACAAAGGCCUAUUGUAAAAUUAGACUUUCUUUUUACAUUUUAGUCAUUUAGCAGACGCUCUUAUCCAGAGCGACUUACAGUUAGUGAGUGCAUACAAUUUAUUUGCUGUCUCUCUUAGUGAAGAAAAUGUUGGUUGUUUUAUUUGUCCAAGAAUGUAGGCAUUGGCUAUCAUAAAGAGUUCAAAUGAGUUCUAGCCUACAGAUGCAUGAAGGUAUUUGAGUUGAUAUUCUGUCAGGACUUUAGGCUGGCCACCUGUUGAACGUUGCCAGACAGAACUCUUGGAAUAGAGUGCUCUAGGAGUAGUGUGUAGUCUGCUUAAUCUGUAUGUUGACUUGAACUCUUUAUCAGGAAUCAAUUGUUUCAAAUAGAUGCAUGAAGCUUUAUUGUUUGUUGUGGUAAGCUGGCCUUGUCUGCUGAGUAGAGCCAGCUGUUUUUACUGACCACAUGACCUGACCAAGAAAAACGCCUGUCCCUACUGAUGAGACAUUUUGCGUGCUUUGCGGUGGUAGACUGAGGGGAGUUGGUUAGUAGACGGGAGAAAUGAGGUUUUUCACGUAUCCACUUCACAUUCAUCUCUCUCACGCUUUGGCUCUUUGUUUUCUUUGGUGGAAAAGUAGGCCAAAGCUGCACACAUUCCUCUCAUGUCACUGCCCCACGCCAGAGAAAACAGGGACAAUGCCCUACGCCCCAGAUUCUGUGUGUGUCGGCGUGCACACGAUUGUUUGAUAGUGUGUGUGAGAGAUGUUUGAAAGCUGUUUCAUCUGAUUUGAUGAAAACCUGUAGGUCUAGAGAGGCUAUAGGUUGACAUACUACUGUUCUUUAUAUACUCUAAAGCACCUUCAUCCAACUCUAUGCCGUUUACAGCUUUGAAAGAUACAAGUGGUGAAGUAUUUUGUCCCAAGCACGCUAAAAACAUUGUAAUUGUAGGUUAACUGACGGAAAUGUUUGCGGACUUGUUCUCUUGCCAAGAGUUUAGUGAGCUAAGCAUUUGUAUUGCAAAAACAACACUAGGCCUAACUGACGGAAAUGUAGACUGCUUUCACUUUGGCAUACUAGUAGUAGGCUACUGUUCCCGUUGUGUUAUUUGACCUCUCCUGCAUAUAAAAAGUAUUUGCCAUAUAAGCAUGCAAGCUAAAUCCACUCUUUCAACUGUAUUGACGCUCUCCCUCUCCUUUAUGUAACACUGACGUUCCUAUGAUUUUCCCCCUGUAGGACCGUAAGCUGUCCAAGUCGGAGCGCCAGCGGUUCAAGGAGGAGGCGGGCAUGCUGAAGGGGCUGCAGCACCCCAACAUCGUCCGCUUCUACGACUCCUGGGAGGCCCCUGUUAAAGGCAGGAAGUGCAUUGUGCUGGUCACAGAACUCAUGACCUCUGGAACACUCAAAACGUGAGUCUCACUCUCACACACAGACGUCAACACCAGUCCAUCAUCAUGAUUAAAUUGUCGGUCCUAGGUACCCCAAUCAGUGAAAUGUGAUGAGGAUGGUUGUGCGAUGUCAAUCUUUAGCCCUAUAUCCCUCCUGUUUUGUAGGUAUCUGAAGCGCUUCAAGGUCAUGAAGAUCAAGGUUCUGAGGAGCUGGUGUAGGCAGAUCCUGAAGGGCCUACACUUCCUCCACACCAGGGCCCCUCCCAUCAUCCACAGGGACCUGAAGUGUGACAACAUCUUCAUCACGGGCCCCACAGGCUCCGUCAAGAUAGGAGACCUGGGAUUGGCCACACUCAAGAGGUCCUCUUUCGCCAAGAGUGUCAUAGGUAAGACCCCAAUAUCACCCGCUACCUUUUACUGUGCCCUGCUUUCUUCCCCACUACACUCCAAUGGGGGAUGUCUUGUGUGUGUGUGUGGGGGGGUUAGGUUUUUAUUUCUGAUCUUUUUUUGACUGACAAUGAGGUUGGAAAACAGACCACAAUGUUUCAGCUCUCUAUUCAAACCACAGCUCAAGUGGAGGCCAGGCCAUGGGGAGACCCACAAACCCUCUCUUUACACACACUGUGUUAUGUCAGCGAGUCCGCCAGGGCUGGUUACUCGGUGACACAAUCCAUUUGAUUAUCUUUUUCCUCCUCAAAGUGAAAGUUCACUGUUUCAGGCUCCUACUGAGAGUAAGUAGCGCCUCCAAUUUCUCUGUCUCUCUGUGAAAUAUGAAUCUCAAUCCACCUGUCAUGCCUUAACUGUUAGGCUAACCAGGCCAGGGCUACAGGUAUGGCCUCUGGUUCUGUGUUCUUUCUCAGACUGGUCUUUGCUCUGUGGUUUGGAAAUAUGUGGUCUGUUUGCCAGUGAUGCCAAUAACGUUUGCCGUUUCUGUUUUUUGAAGGGUUUGCUCCUACAGGUUUUUGUCAGUGUUUCUCUGUCUUUUAAACAAUUUCAGGAGCACAGAGAAUAAUGUCUGCUUCUUUUUCUGUCUGGAAAGCCCCCACCCCCUUCCCACUUUCCUCUUCUCCUUUAUCAGCCUUUUUUUUUUUUUUUUCACACUCGGGUAUGUUUUGAAACUGUAGGCUCUAGCCUCAGCUGUGCUCCAUUCUGCAGUAAAGGAAUAAAUAGGGUACUUCUGGUCAGUGAGUAUUUGCUGUUAUGGGCCUGGUAAGUGUGCGAGUGCACUGUGACACACAUCUUACAAAAACCAAAUCAUUUCAAAUAACAAUUAGAGUUUUUCUGUGUAAGACCAUUAGAAGAUUGAGAGCAGAGUAUCUGCUAUUUGAAUAAGGCUGGUGUCCAGACAUGCACUGUUUCACUAACUAGCUAUGGGAUCUGCUUCUCUCAGCCCUCACCGUAACACCUUACUCCCCAGGUCAAGGAGGACAGGUGAGUCAGACUACUCAAAGGUAUGUUUGUAUGAAACAGGUUAUGUUUGAGUGUUUAGUUGUGAAAUGUAAGGUCUUGACACAAGUUAUUUCCAUAGCUAGUCUUACUAUUUGUGCCCCUUCUCUGCCGUUUUGAGGCCCCUGAUCAUUGGCGUUCAACUCAACUCACUAACCGGGUUCUGAUUGGUAAACCGGGCCAUUCUACAGCCUGUCAGUAGUUAAACUGACAGGUGUGUCUAACACCAGUUUGCCCCCCUCCCCCCCACAGUGUUUUAAGUAUACCAGCCAUCUUCUAUAGACUCCCUAUACAAGGUGUCACCCCACAGAUAAGCAGGUCUUACACAGAGAAACUUGUGCCUCUUUCACUACGGUCUAACUGAGCCCGCCCCCCCCCCCCCCCCCCCUUUUUUUUUUUUUCUUCUCUCCUCCCCUCUCUCUAUUUCUCUACUCUCUUCUCGCAGCUUCUGCUCACCCGGAGGCAGCGGUGGACCGGUCACUCUUCCUCCUCUUGGUUAGAGGAGAAGAGGGGCGUUUGGGGUGUGACACUCGGAGAUGGAGACGAACACACAGAGAGACAGAGUUCUGAAUGGUUGUAUUUGAUUUAAGGUACCCCUGAGUUCAUGGCGCCUGAGAUGUAUGAGGAGAAGUACGACGAGUCAGUGGAUGUGUAUGCCUUUGGGAUGUGCAUGCUGGAGAUGGCCACCUCAGAGUACCCAUACUCCGAGUGCCAGAACGCUGCACAGAUCUACCGCAGAGUCACCAGCGUAAGUCUCCCCUGCCUCAACCCCAAUUCCCUGAAACCCUCUCCCUGUUGUCCUCGCUCUGCCACCCGCUCUCCUCCUCUUUCCAGUUCCCUCUUUACCUGCCCCUUCUCCUCCCUCCGUGCUUCCCCCGCCCUGCUGUUCUGUCCCUUUAGAGAUGAUCAUUUAUUUACCAUUUGCAUUAUUGGCCUUUCUUUGCCACUCUCUCUCUUUUGUCUUUUUCUCACCACUCUUUGUCUUCGCUGUGAGCCCUCUUCCUCUCUCUGUCUCUCCAUUACCUCUUUUCCCACCUCCCUCAAUCCUGCAACCUACAUUAUUUUUCUCUUUCUAUUGCACUUUUUCUCGUUCUUUCUCUUGUGUUGAGUGUGUCUGUCAGUUGAAGUGAGGAGUGUGGGAUUGAUUGGGGGGAGUGUCUGGACUGUCCUCUUAUUCCCUUCUGGCUGAUACUGUAACCGGGCCUGGGCUUGGAUCCAAAGGAGGAACACGCGCACACACCUCAGCAUAGAUACUUGUCAUGUGAAUUUCUAUCUCUAAUUCAACCUAAGCUUGAAUCAUUACCAGAGGUUGUAAGGCUCUGGUUUUAAUCAUCAAUGAUUCAAGGUCCAUAACCACGAAGAAGGAUUUUUUGUAUGUUUAUUCAUGGAGAGCUCUGGCGCCAAAGACACAAACAUACGAUUUUAUACCUCCUGAACUUGACUCCUCCCACCUUUAGGUGACUUUUCUAAACAGUUUCCGCCUUCCCCUUCACCCUUGAAUGUUUAGUACCGCCCCCUCUGUUAGUGGGUUGACACUACAUGAUAAUUCUAACAUUUAUACUGUAUUUGGGGUGAAAUCCUUUAGUCAUUAUUCUUAAAAUCCAAAUUAAUCUAACAAUACUCCAUGAUUUAUGGUUAAAAAUGGGCCUUGAAGGUGAGCCUAUUUUCUCACCAAUCAGCGUUGCCAUUCUAGUAAUGUCUGCUGCCAGUUUCAGUGAGCACAGUUGAUCAUCAACUACAUUGGGAGGUAGUAGGUACACCUUCUCGCAUGUGCCUGUUCCUUCUAUGAGCGCCACAUGACACAGGUUACUUUUUACCUUAGCUAAACAUUGUUAAACUCCCUUGAUAAGUAACAUGCAUUCCAGGAAUCAGUAUAUAUACCAGACUUAUUGCAUUGAGGCCAUCAGAAGUGUGCAACCUUAUGACUGUCUAUCAGCGCUUCAGAUAUCAUAUAUGACAGUCUGCUGCUGUCUCUAUAGACCUAUCAUCACUCGACACGUCACACAUACAUCCUCCGCUCCCUCCUCCAUUUCUCCUUCACUCCUCUUUCACUGCAUCACUCCUUCUCUUCUCCUUCCUCUCCCCUCAUCAACCCUCUUUUCUGGAAUCCAUCCUCUCCCCAACUCCCAGCAACAACAGCACCAGCCCCUAGUCGUCAAAGUGUGGGAGUGUCAGCAUAACUCCUGAGUUCACAUGUAGACUUCUAGGUUAGUGGUCCUCAGCAGCACAGGCCCUGGGUAUAGUGGGUUGCUGCUGAACCUUGCUCUGAGACGGGAAUGCUGUAACUGGUGACUAUGGAGCACGCCAGCUUGUAGUCUUAAAACCCGGAAAUAAGUUACCUCUGGUUUGGUCAGCCAUCCCUAAAGUCUGAGGUUAAUACAGGCAUAGGAGAUCUUAUACGGUUGUUCUAGGAGAUAAUACCAGUCAGUUAACAUGACCUUUAUGAAUUAUGAAGCCUUUAAGUGGUUUGUGUUUUUUAUUAUUACAUACAUUCUUAAAAGUUCACAAAACGUGACGUUAGCUGAUGAAGAUUAUCUCAUAGAACGCAACGUAUAAGAUCUCCUAAGCCUGUGUUUACCACAGACCUUAUUUUUGGUGUUUAUCCAAAACAGCUUCAAAAAAGCCAUUCAUUUUCCUCAUAGGCUUUGUCCAACGAACCAUGACUGCGUUAGUGCCAACAAAAAGAUGCCAUUACUAUUUUGCUCCAUUCCCCCUCAACAACUUUGUUUUCCCACAAGGAAGACUCAAGUAGAUCACAUUCAAUUACAUGAGUUUGAACAUAUAGCAUGCGCUGCAGCCCAAUACAGUGUUAUACACUGUUCUAAUAUGGUACUGCUAUGAGGCGACAGUGCAACGCCACAGAAGGCGCAGAUAUAAAUAUAUUACAGAGAACAGACAUACUUCUCUGUCAUGUAGAAUAUGUAAUAAUUUCAUCUCUGUACAAUACAUUUCUAUCUGCAACCUUGGGCCCUACUUAACGCAACCCUGUCUAGAAUCACGGAAACAGAAUGUUGACAAUGUGUGGGUUGUGACUGGGAGGUCUGUGUGUCUUAUAGGGGGUGAAGCCAGCCAGCUUCGACAAGGUGGCCAUCCCCGAGGUGAAGGAGAUCAUCGAGGGAUGCAUCCGACAGAACAAGGACGAGAGGUCAACUCACAUUCACAUUUUGAUAAUUUAGCAGACACUCUUAUCCAAUGUGAUUUGAGCUUCAUAACCAGCUAUUGAGACACAGAUACAGGGAGAGUAUUCAUACUCAACCACCCAGGACCUUCUCAAAAUGAGAUCAGUUUCAAAGUGUGUUAAAGAUGUCUGUAUUGAUUUGACUCAUCCGCUCUCCCUCUUCUGUUCUCUCUCACCCCCAUCUCACUGUCUCCCAGGUACUCGAUAAAGGACCUGCUGAACCAUGCCUUCUUCCAGGAGGAGACGGGGGUGCGUGUGGAGCUGGCCGAGGAGGACGACGGGGAGAUGGAGGCCAUAAAGCUGUGGCUGAGGAUAGAGGACGUCAAGAAGCUGAAGGGGAAGUACAAGGACAACGAGGCCAUCGAGUUCUCCUUCGACCUCAGCAAGGACGUUCCUGAGGACGUGGCCCAGGAGAUGGUGGGUGACAACACAAUGUCCACUUCAGAGAGAUAUUGACUGUGUCCCAAAUGGCACCCUGUUCCCUAUAUAGUGCAUUCAUUUUGACCAGGACACAAUCUUUAUUCUUCCUGAUUAUUUAGGAAUCCUUGAUUUACAAACAUCAUCUAGACUAAAUAAUAAUAAAUGUGAGUCAAGUCCUAACACUGCCUGUUCUGUGUGUGUGUGUUUGUUUGUCAGGUGGAGUCUGGCUACGUGUGUGAAGGGGACCAUAAGACAAUGGCUAAGGCCAUCAAGGACAGAGUUUCCCUCAUCAGCAGGAAAAGAGAGCAGAGGCAACAGGUCUGUACCGGCUCAAUGGAAUCUUUGAUUUGAAUCCUGGAUGAAUGUAAAGUUUUAUGGUAUUGCAAUCAAAUGAAUUAAACGAAGCUAAACUAGAUGUGAUUUGGAUUUAAGGUGAGAGAGGAGCAGGAGAAGAGGAGGCUGGAGGAGGAGCAGGGCCAACAACAACAACAACAGCAGCAACAACUACUGCAGCAGCAGGGCCAACCUCAACCAGGGCUCCAGCCCAGCACAGAGGGCCCCCAACCAGCCCAGCCCGUCCCUCAGGCAGCCCCCUACAUCCCCCCCACCCAGCAGCCAGCCCAGCCCAUGGCACCCUACAUCCCCCCUCAGACAGCACAGCUGGGGCCACAGGGGGUUCCCUAUAUACCCCAGUGUACAGGGCAGAUCCCAGUCUCUGUCCCAGUAUUGGCCCAGGUUCCAGUUCAGGUUUCAGUCCAGCCAGAGUCAGAGAGGCCAGAGGUGGACCAGUACCCACAGCAGACUGAGACCGGUCUGUACCUUCUGCCUUUUUGCUCUCAGGGCGCUGUAUUAUUGACCUACAUUAUAGUCUUAAUCUAGUGUUUAUAAACUAUCAAUUGACAAACCAUCUCCCCAUUCUCUACCCCUCCCUAUUUCAGCCAAUCAAAUGACAGAUAGUGCUCAGGGUUCCUCCGUCCUUCAUGAGACGCACCCGGUUCAGCCGGUGAUGUCAUACAGCUCUCUUCCCAGUCAGCAGCUUCAGCCAGAGGCCCCCUCUCCUGUCCAAACAGACCAAUCGCGUCAGCCACAGCAGACCAUGGUGAGUCAUUAUCGUGGCACACGCAAUGCAUUUAAUAUGUUCUCACAGUAAAAGUACCCAACUCUUGUCUCUGCAUGUAUCAUAGAGAAAGUCCGAUGUAGUUUCUAUCUCAUUCUCUCUCCUCCUCCGUCUGUCCUGUUUGUCAGGUGGUUCCUGCUGCCCAGCAUGCCAUUGUUGUCCCUGGGGCUCCAAGCUCCCAGCCUGCCCCUGGGGCUCCACAACAGGUACACGUCUCCAUCACAAUACAACUUCACCACCACAACACUGCUGUUCCUCAGCUGAUCACACCUAGUUCAUAGAUCAAAACACUGAAUAGAUCUAGAUCAGAGGUUUCUCUGGGCUCUUACCAAAAGGCCAAAUGGGCAUGUUGUUGAAAACAUUGGUGGACCCUCCCAGCUCUCUCUCUCUCUCCCUCUUUCUUUCGGUUUCUUUGUGCGUUCCUUUUGGUUGUCAGUUGUUUUUCUUUCUUCCUAUGCUUUUGUAUCCCUCUCUCCUUAUAUUUUCCUAUUUCCUUCCUCUGUUCUGUCUCUCUCCUCUCCCUCUUACCCUUUGUUGUAUUUUGUUUCUUAUUAUAGUACGGAGGUUACUUCCACCCAUCGCUCUCCCCUCAGGUAGAUAAAAACCGUCCCUUGCAAACGCACACCUCUUCCCUCUACUCUCAUACCCACAGCCUUUCUCUAAACAUAUACUGUUUAUAUGGUAUCCCUAUACUGUUUCUAUGGUAUCCCUAUACUAUUUCUAUGCUGUCCUUCUGCUAUUUGAGUAGUGUGUGUGUGUACUGUAUAAUCCAUGCAGUAAAACCUAUACUGAAGCUAUAUGAGACUGAUUUAUAGUAUUGGUAUGUGAUGCAGUAGGUAAGUGCCUGGGGGAGUUGGAUGAGAGCUAGUGUAAAACUGAGGUGGUUAGGCCUCUGGGUGAGGGAUGGUGGGUUUGUUUGAAGAGCAGUGUGUUGGUGAAUAGAUAAUGAAGAGAGAGUCUUGUCUCUCUUCUCUGCAGAUAUGGCUGUUCGAUUUGUGCAGAUCUCUUAUCGCUGUCUCUCCCCCCACCCCCUGUAGAUGCCCCCCCAGCAGGUGGCGUUGCUCCCCUCCUCUCAGCCCAUCCCUCCCCUGCACCUCCAGCAGCCACAGCCAGAGAGCAGCGAUGCACCUCAGAGCUCAGCACUACCACCUCUCCAGCCUGGAGACCAGCAAAUACAGGUGAGGCACUCACACCAACACAUUGGUCAAGUGCACAACAACCCCAGCUUACGCUCAUACUAACGCUAAAACACUCAGACAAUCUACAAACAAGGACACUGAAUGUAUUCCAUCUAGUAAAUGUUUUAUCACGCAUGUACAGUCUCGUCAUUCCUUUCUCUUUUCUAUUCUUUCCCUCUUCUUUUUUUCUUCUUCUGCUUUUUGACUAACUGCUCUGUGUCGGCCUCUACUCUUUCAUCCACUCUUUCUUUCAUGCGUUCCUUUUGCAUGCUGCUGCUUUUUCCUGCAUGGCUGUCAGUCAUGGGCCAAUGAACCAAGCCCUCCUAUCCUGUCUCCUCCAAUCAAUGCAGAGUACCUCUACUUCCUCUAUCAGGCCACAAACGUCUCUGUGCUGCAGGUACACACAGGCCAGGGGCAACGUGUGUGUGUGUGUGUGUGAUUAGUGUUAGUUGUUAGGCUUGACAUGUGUUAGUAGUAUAAGGAGCCUACAAACAGACACAUCAUGUCCUACGAGAAGUAAAACCUUGUACUUCCUGUUCACCCCGCUACCAUUUAGAAGGCGGAGACGGUACAGGUGCAUCAAAGCUGGGACCGAGAGACUGAGAAACAGCUUCUAUCGCCAGGCCAUCAGACUGUUAGACAGUCACCACUAGCUGACCUCCACCCAGUACCUUGCCCUGAACCUUAGAGACUGCUGCCCUAUGUACAUAGUCAUUGAACACUGGUCACUUUUAAUAAUGUUUACAUACUGUUUUACCCACUUCAUAUGUAUAUACUAGUGGUCAAGAUCACUUUCUGAGUCAAAAUGCAAGCCGAUAUCCACCGCUCAGAUUUUCUUUAAACAUUAUUUCAAAAACGUAAACCCAUGCAGCAUAAUGAGGUUUGUGCAGUAGGCGAUAGGUCCAAUACAUUAUCACUGCAUAUUGGCUAUGCUUGAAUUGCCCUGCCAAAAUAAAUUAUAUUUUAAACCAUUUGGUAUAUGAUCACACUGGUAAUAGAUCAUUUGUUUUAUUACAGCGGAGUGAGCGUAAUAGCCCUAUUGAUGGCCUGCAUCUGAUGGUCAGUCUGAGGGGAGGGAGAGAGCAGCGGUGAGGCUGCCUCUCACCUGACUCACCGUUCAUCUGCUCUCUCUCCCUCGGCUGAGAAAAGGGGACACAGUCUUUCAGCUGAUGGUGAAACUCUAGUCGCACUGCAUUGAUUUCUGCCUCAUGCACCAAUUCAUGUUGUUACUCCUAUGACCAGAGAGUGAAAUAUUCCUCUAUUAAAAGACACAAGCCGUUAAUAAUGCAAGCUUAUCGGAACACUUUGCUAUACUCAUUCAUUGCAGCUGCAGUUGCUGGUUGUAGCGUGAGUGGAAGUAGGGAGAACGCACAUUUUAUGGCUUAUAAAGGUGUUGAACAAAGUUUUGAAAUCUCACAGUAUCAACUUUGCUGGGUGUUCAAGGUUUAUUUACAGUCUAUGGCUCGAGGAAACUGUGCAGACAGUGAUCUGAUUGGCCAGCGGUAGGCCUAUAGGGGCCCUUGAUUUGCUCUCUGGGCCUGCCGGCUAGGCAGAGUUCUAUCUUCAGACAGGUGAAAUGGGACAAAACACUUUGCCUUCCCGGCGCUAGGGCUGCUGAAUCAAGUGCACCUACCGCCAACAGCGAAAAUAAAUACAAAUAAAUAUAGGAGCGCAAGGCUUUAUCAUUGGGUUUUUUACAGAAAUGUUUGGUGAUCAACUAGGAAUGUCUUGGAGAUCGAUCAGUCUAUUGCGAUGGACCGGUUGGUGACCACUGGUAUAAUACUAUAUUCUAGUAAUGGCUAAUCCUAUAUAACUACUGCUGUACACACCUUUUCUAUUAAUAUACUGUCCAUACUGUCUUUACACAUCAUUAUAUGUAUAUACAGCUGUGGAAAAAAUUAAGAGACCACUGGAAAAUUAUCAGUUUCUCUGGUUUUACUAUUUAAAGGUAUGUGUUUGGUUAAAAAUUACAUUUUUGUUUUAUUCUAUAAACUACUGACAACAUUUCUCCCAAAUUCCAAAUAAAAAUAUUGUCAUUUAGAGCAUUUAUUUGCAGAAAAUGACAACUGGUCAAAAUAACAAAAAAAGAUGCAGUGUUGUCAGACCUCAAAUAAUGCAAAGAAAAUAAGUUCAUGUUCAUUUUUAAACAACACAAUACUAAUGUUUUAACUUAGGACGAGUUGAGAAAUCAAUAUUUGGUGGAAUAACCCUGAUUUUCAAUCACAGCUUUCAUGCGUCUUGGCAUGCUCUCAACCAGUCUUUCACAUUGAUGUUGGGUGACUUUAUGCCACUCCUGGCGCAAAAAUUCAAGCAGCUCGGCUUUGUUUGAUGGCUUGUGACAUCCAUCUUCCUCUUGAUCACAUUCCAGAAGUUUUCAAUGGGGUUCAGGUCUGGAGAUUGGGCUGGCCAUGACAGGGUCUUGAUCUGGUGGUCCUCCAUCCACACCUUGAUUGACCUGGCUGUGUGGCAUGGUGCAUUGUCCUACUGGAAAAACCAAUCCUCAGAGUUGGGGAACAAUGUCAGAGCAAAAGGUUUUCUUCCAGGACAACCUUGUACUUUUGCAAACCUCAGCCUGGCUCUUCUUUGCUUCUCAUUGAUGAACGGCUUUUUUCUAGCUUUGCACGACUUCAGCCCUGCCCCUAGGAGCCUGUUUCGAACCGUUCUCGCUGUGUACUUCACCUCAGCUGCCGUUUGCCAUUCUUUUUGUAGGUCACUUGAUGUCAUCCUACGGUUGUUAAGUGACAUUCAAAUGAGUUGGCGGUCAUCCCGGUCAGUGGAGUCGUUUUCUCCCUCUGCCUGUCUAGCUUUGUUGUCCCCAAUGUCUGCUGCUUGACCUUGUUCUUAUGAACCGCCAUCUUUGAAAUUUUAAGGAUGGAAGCAACCUGACGCUCACUGUAUCCCUCUGCCAGUAAAGCCAGAAUUGAACCCUUCUUUUCCUCACUCCAAAACUUUCCUUUUCAACUCUUUUGGCAUGGUCAAUAGUUUUUUUUUUGUGAUUAAUAUUACUUUUGAGGUACUAUUAGCACUGUUUUUGCCAUCCAGCUGGUCCUAUUGCAAGAGGAUAGUGAUGACCACAGCAGUGGUUUUUAUACUUUUCCUCGUUAAAUGAGAUUUGGUUCAGGUGAUCACCUAAUCAGUACCUAAUUCAGUAGAAUGAGGUGUGCCUGUGUUGGAAUUCAACAGACACUAGAAUCGAAUGGCUGUCAUACAUGUAGAGAUGCUGAUUUAAGAAACAUUUGCAGUGGUCUCUUAAUUUUUUCCACAGCUGUAUUAUAUAUAGUUGAAGUCUGAAGUUUACAUACACCUUAGCCAGAUACAUUUAAACUCAGUUUUUCACAAUUCCUGACAUUUAAUCCUAGUAAAGAUUCCCUGUCUUAGGUCAGUUAGGAUCACCACUUUAUUUUAAGAAUGUGAAAUGUCAGAACAAUAGUAGAGUGAUUUAUUUAAGCUUUCAUCACAUUCCCAGUGGGUCAGAAGUUGACAUACACUCAAUUACUAUUUGGUAGCAUUGCCUUUAAAUUGUUUAACUUGGGUCAAACAUUUCGGGUAGCCUUCCACAAGCUUCCCACAAUAAGUUGGGUGAAUUUUGGCCCAUUCCUCCUGACAGAGCUGGUGUAACUGAGUCAGGUUUGUAGGCCUCCUUGCUCUAACACGCUUUUUCAGUUCUGCCCACACAUUUUCUAUAGGAUUGAGGUCAGGGCAUUGUGAUGGCCACUCCAAUACCUUGACUUUGUUGUCCAUUUUGCCUCAACUUUGGAAGUAUGCUUGGGGUCAUUGUCCAUUUGGAAGACCCAUUUGCAACCAAGCUUUAACUUCCUGUGAUGCCUUGAGAUUCAAUAUAUCCACAUAAUUAUCCUUCCUCAUGAUGCCAUCUAUUUUGUGAAGUGCACCAGUCCUUCCUGCAGCAAAGCACCCCCACAGCAUGAUGCUGCCACCCCGUGCUUCACGGUUGGGAUGGUGUUCUUCGGCUUGCAAUCCUUGCCCUUUUUCCUCCAAACAUAACGAUGGUCAUUAUGGCCAAACAGUUAUAUUUUUGUUUCAUCAGACCAGAGGACAUUUCUCCAAAAAGAAUGAUCUUUGUCCCCAUGUGCAGUUGCAAACCGUAGUCUGGCUUUUUUAUGGCAGUUUUGGAGCAGUGGCUUCUUCCUUGCUGAGCGGCCUUUCGGGUUAUGUCGAGAUAUAGGACUUGUUUUACUGUGGAUAUAGAUACUUUUGUACCUGUUUCCUCCAGCAUCUUCACAAGGGCCUUUGCUGUUUUUCUGGAAUUGAUUUGCACUUUUCGCACCAAAGUACGUUCAUCUCUAGGAAACUGAACGCGUCUCCUUCCUGAGCGGUAUGACGGCUGCAUGGUCCCAUGUUGUUUAUACUUGCGUACUAUUGUUUGUACAGAUGAACGUGGUACCUUCAGCCGUUUGGAAAUUGCUCCCAAGGAUGAACCAGACUUUUUUUUUUUCCUGAGGUCUUGGCUGAUUUCUUUUGAUUUUCCCAUGAUGUCAAGCAAAGAGGCACUGAGUUUGAGGGUAGGCCUUGAAAUACAUCCACAGGUACACCUCCAAUUGACUCAAAUGAUGUCAAUUAGCCUAUCAGAAGCUUCUAACGCCAUGACAUCAUUUUCUGGAAUAUUCCAAGCUGUUUAAAGGCACAGUCAACUUAGUUUAUGUAAACUUCUGACCCACUGGAAUUGUGAUAGUGAAUUAUAAGUGAAGUAAUCUGUCUGUAAACAAUUGUUGGAAAAAUGACUUGUGUAAUGCACAAAGUAGAUGUCCUAACCGACUUGCCCAAACUAUAGUUUGUUAACAAGACAUUUGUGGAGUGGUUGAAAAACGAGUUUUAAUGACUCCAACCUAAGUGUAUGUAAACUUCCGAGUACAGCUGAUAUAUAUAUAUAUAUAUUUUUUUAAUCUGGAUGAUGUGUGUGUUGUGUUUUUCUAAAUUAUUGUUAGGUAUUACUGCACUGUUGGAGCUAGAAACACAAGCAUUUCGCUGCACCUGCUAUAACAUCUGAAAAUCUUUGCCAGCGAACAAACUUUGAGUUGAUUUCAUUGUGUUUGUGGUCAAAGCACUGCUAAUACCUCGGUCAGAUCACACACCCUUUAGUGCUUAAGGUGAAGCCAGAUCCAGCCCUUGCUUUCAUGCCUGACAUGACAUGGUUGUAAAGCUCCUUUAAUGAACAGUGUGUGUGUGAUGAUGUUUCAGGCCUCUGUGAGUGUAUCCCAGCCGGCGCCAGCAGAGCAGGCAGUAGGACCGACAACGCUGGUCCCUCAGUCUGUGGAGAGGUAAGGCAUCACAUCUCUCCACAACAGCCCUAGACCUAGCUUAUACCAGAUAGCCUUUUCUGUUACUCAAUAUGUUCUAUGAAAAAUGCAUCUUAAUAUGAAACGGCCCUGUGUUCAUUGUGAUGUCCUCCUAGUAAUUGCUAAAUGUCUCUAUCCCUCCUCUCUCUCCCUCUCCCCCCACCUCUCUCUCCAUCUCCAUCUCCCAGUUGUCUGUUGGACACGGCGUCAGGUCUGAGUGACGGCUAUGAAGGGGCGUCGGGUGGUAGACACGAGGGGCGCUCCAUGAUCAAGCGGCACCAGCGGCGCUCCGUACGCAGCCGCUCUCGUCAUGAGAAGACCGCCAAGGCCAAGCUCAACGUCCUCAAUGUAAGAGUCACAUGGUCACUUUCACCUCAACUCACUGUCUGUAUUCUCCCACAUGGCAACUCUAUCUCCUCGGCCCCUUUGUUGGCCAAAUUUGUUGGCCUCUCAUCCCCUCGCUGUGUCUACAGAUGUCGAGUUGUACACUGAACACAAAUAUAAACGCAACAUGUGAAGUGUUGGUUUCAUGAACUGAAAUAAAACAUACCAGAAAUGUUCCAUACGCACAAAAAGCUUGUUUCUCUCAAAUGUUGUGUGCAAAUUUGUUUACACCCCUGUUAGUGAGCAUUUCUCAUUUGUAAAGAUAAUCCAUCCACCUGACAGGUGUGGCAUAUUAAGAAGCUGAUUAAACAGCAUGAUCAUUACACAGGUGCACCUUGUGCUGGGGACAAUGAAAGGCCACUCUAAAAUGUGCAGUUUUGUCACACAACACAAUGCCACAGAUUACAUUUACAUUUUAGUCAUUUAGCAGAUGCUCUUAUCCAGAGCGACUUAGUGAGUGCAUACAGUUUUUCAUACUGCCCCCCCCCCCCCCCCCCCCCCGGGAAUCGAACCCACAACCCUGGCAGUGCCAUGCUCUACCAACUGAGCUACUGGAGACCUACAGAUGUCUCUAGUUUUGAGGGAGCGUGCCGUUGUCAUGCUGACUGCAGGAAUGCUCACCAGAGCGGUUGCCAGAUAAUUUAAUGUUAAUUUUAGAGAAUUUGGCAGUACGUCCAACCAGCCUCACAACCGCAGACCAUGUGCAUGGCGUUGUGUGGGCGAGCGGUGUGCUGAUGUCAAAUCAAAUUUUAUUUGCCACAUGCGCCGAAUACAUCAGGUGUAGACCUUACAGUGAAAUGCUUACUUACAAGCCCUUAACCAACAAUGCGGUUUUAAGAUGAGUAACUUACUUAGACUAAAAAUAGAUAAGUAAAAAAAUAACUAAUUAAAGAGCAGCAGUAAAAUAAAAUAACAGUAGGCCUUGAAAUACAUCCACAGGUACACCUCCAAUUGACUCAAAUGAUGUCAAUUAGCCUAUCAGAAGCUUCUAAAGCCAUGACAUUAUUUUCUGGAACUUUCCAAGCUGUUUAAAGGCACAGUCAACUUAGUGUAUGUAAACUUCUGACCCACUGGAAUUGUGAUACAGUGAAUUAUAAGUGAAAUAAUCUGUCUGUAAACAAUUGUUGGAAAAAUUACUUGUGUCAUGCACAAAGUAGAUGUCCUAACCGACUUGCCAAAACUAUAGUUUGUUAACAAGAAAUUUGUGGAGUGGUUGAAAAACUGGUUUUAAUGACUCCAACCUAAGUGUAUGUAAACUUCCGACUUCAACUGUAGGUAGGGGUAAAGUGUCAAUGCAAAUAGUCCGGGUAGCCAUUUUUUUAAUUGUUCAGCAGGCUUAUGGCUUGGGGUAGAAGCUGUUAUGGAGCCUUUUGGUCCUAGACUUGGCGCUCCGGUACCUCUUGCCGUGCGGUAGCAGAGAGAACAGUCUAUGACUUUGGUGGCUGGAAGCUGUUCAAGUGUAUCUCAGUUGGUAGAGCAUGGCUCUUGCAGUGCCAGGGUUGUGGGUUCGAUUUAAAAUGUAUGCACUCACUACUGUAAGUCACUCUGGAUAAGAGCGUCUGCUAAAUGUCAAAUGUGGCUGGAGUCUUUGACAAUUUUUUGGGCCUAUCUCUGACACCGCCUAGUAUAGAGGUCCUGGAUGGCAGGAAGCAUGAACUUAUCUCUGUGUGUCUGUUUCAGAUCUCCAACAUGGGAGACCGGGUGGCAGAGUGCCAGCUGGAGACCCACAACAGGAAGAUGGUCACCUUUAAGUUUGACCUGGAUGGAGAUAACCCAGAGGAGAUUGCACAGAUCAUGGUAGUGAUAGCAAACUCAAAAGCACCGAUCUGGAUUGUAUUGAUCUCGAUCAAAUGUGUUUCCCCAAGGCGCUGUAGUCAAAAGUAAAGGAAUUUGAUAUUUUAUUUUGGUAGCUCUACAGGUCUAUGUGGAUUUAAUGGGCAUGAUUUGUGGGUAUUGUAGUUCAAUAUCUGUCCUUCUCUCAGGUGCAGAGUGAGUUUAUCCUGGAGAGUGAACGCGAGUCGUUCAUCGAGCAGGUCCGUGAGGUCAUCGAAAUGGCUGACGAUAGAGAGGGCAUGAAGGAAGGCUACGCUCAACCACCCUUCACUCAGGUAACAUACUUCAACAGUACACAGCAACACUUCAUCCUUCACCUCACUACCGUACCCACCCACUAACUCUUGGGCAGCCUUUAGUUGACAUGGUGUUGUCCUUCUCUCUCCACAGAUUGUGGUGGAUGACCCCUCACAGCAGCCUGACAUGCCCACUCAUCUGCCUGGUAAACACGCACCUACACAUCACGAUCUCUACUGAAAGAUGAUUGUCUGAGCUCCACCUCCUCACCUCUAACCCAUUGCCCCCCAGGUGUUCCUCCCAGCGUUGCAGCUCAGGUGGUCCACUCUGCAGGCCGGAGGUUCAUCGUCAGCCCUGUCCCAGAGUCCCGUCUGAGGGAGCAGUUCUUCGGCCCUCCCUCUGCUAAUACCUCGUUUGGGGAUGAGCCCCCUCAAGGUGAGGGAAACUGGAAUCUAUGGGUCAUUGAGUGCAACUAGAACUCAUGUUCCAAACAUGUGCCCCUCUUCCAACCUUGGAAUAUUUGAGAACUCUAAAACAUGUUCCUUGAUGCAUAUACCAACGUUAGUAUGUUUGAAGUCAUGAUGAUAACCUGUACACUUACAAGAAGUAAUUUAUGUAAGUGACUCUUCUCUCUGUGUUCCUCCCUUCAGUCCCAGUGAGUCUGGGUCUGUCCCUGUCUGCUCCCUCAGGCCGCCUCCAGCAGGACUUCACUGAGAUGAGGCAGACGCAUGGGGAGAGACGAGCCACCAUGGACCACCCAGCCGAGCCAGACCCCAGCAUAGUCCCCUCCUCCCUGCGCCCAGCCUCCCCUCUCUCCCACCCUCACCAAACCUUGGCUCCCCCAGAGGCUACAGCCCCCACCAACACCAGCUUCUCCACCCUGCCUCCUGUCUCUGGCAUCCCCACUGAGUCCUCCACUUUUCCCCCCUCCACAUGCCAAGUUGCCACCGGGAGGGUGUCUCCAACCCCAGUUCCAGCCCCUGCACCUGCUACCACUGAUCCUACCCCACACCCCCAGCCUGGCUACCAAGCCGCCCCCUCUCAGCCUACCCCUGCCCCAAUCACAUCCCCUCCCCAGGCCACCCCGGCCUCUCUCCCCCCAGCUGCUGCCCCUCAGCUGGGCAGCAGCUCUGCCCCUUUCCCCCCUGUCUCUGGAGCUCCACCCAGUAACUCUGGGACUGUGACCAGCUCAGAGCAGAACCCUGCAGCUAAUCUUGUUCCUAUUCCGUCCUCUCAGCCUAUCCCUGAGUCCAUACCUGUCACUCAGCCCACCUCCUCCCAGUCUCAGCCUAUCCCUGCCUCUGUCCCUGUGGCACAGCCUGCAAUGGCCCCCACCCAACUUCCACCCUCUACCCUGCCCUCCCAACCGUCCCAGCCAGGGGACCCAGAUGGUGGAGAGUCCCAGUCCAAGGUCCCUGGUAUAGAUGACAUCCAUGCCCUGGAUAAGAAGCUGCGCUCCCUCUUUAAGGACACAUCCUCCGCUGACACUGGCAACAAUGAGACCACCUCUCCCCCGACAGGGACCAUCUCCCCUCCCCCCGGGGCGGCCCUGGUGCCCCCCUCCAACCUGUCUCUCACUGCCGGGGGACAGGGAGCCCAGGGCCCCACCUCGACCCCAGGACAGGGCCUCACACCAGUGGGACAUGCACAGACACCUCCAGCCAAGACUGGUCAAGCCACCAGUGCACAGGUACAAUGGAGGAAACUCUAUGAUUGUCUAGUGACUGAGAAGAUACAGUAUUUGUACUAAAUGCUUUUCCCCCUCAACUCUUUCCUCAGUUGUAACUUGAGUAUGAUUUUCUCCCACCAUGAUGAUAAUAAUUACAUCUUCCUGUGUGUGUGUCAGGUGUAUCCUGAUGGCUCCGAGCAGGCAGGCACCCCUACCUCCGAGCAACUGCCUCCAUUCCCAGGACCAAACCAGGUUAGUCCUCUUGUCAGAACUUGUCCCGUUGUAAGUUGUGUAAAGUUGUGAGUUUUGUAGAUGUGUGGAAUAGGUGAUUAUUUACGAUCGUUGUGAUCUUUGAGUUGUGGUUGUUGUGUCAUCUUAUCUAUAUUAGUUGUUAGGUAUGAGUCCUGAUAGUUGUGUGAGUAGUGGUGAGUUAUUUUGAGUGGUACUUUCUGAGUGAGUUGUUUUGGUAUAUUUGUUACUGACAUGUCUCGUUUGUGUGUGUGUCCAAUCCCAGCAGCCUGUGGGUAGUCUGGACAGCCAGCUGAGGAGAGCUCUGAGCCCAGAGACCAUCUCAGGGAGCAGUGGGGCAGCCCCGCCCUCCACAAGGGUCGUUAAACUGGGACGCUUCCAGGUCUCCGUUGCAGCAGACAGUAGCGCCGGCAGCACUCCUGACCCCUCCAACAUCGCCUCCUCUUCCUCUCUCACCCCCUCCUCAUCCUCCUCUUCUUCCUCCUCUUCCUCUUCCUCCCUCUCCAGCCCGGAGAACACCCUCCACCGCUCCUCCUCCCUCCUCUCCAAAGGGGUCCGGAGAGGAGACUCCGUAGAUGCGCUCUCUUCUGUCGCAACACAGCCCACCACCAUCGGACGCUUCCUGGUGUCUACCAGUGCCAGCACUGGCCCCAGCCCUAACUCUGUCUCGAAGGUGGGCCGUUUCUCAGUGAUGCCAGCCACAGCGAAUCCCACGGCCCCUUCGGGGUCUAGCCCCUCCCAUCAGAACGGCCCUUCCUCUUUGACCUCUGACCCCUGUAGCUCCGUCCCCGGCGUGAACAGUGGUUCAUUUAACCAUUACAUGACCAGCGACAACGAGGAUGACUCGGGGCCUGAGGACGAGGCCUUCCAGAGGGAAGUCAGCUGCCUCCGAGAGAAGUAUGUUACAUCAAAUCAAUUUAUUUGUCACGUGCCGAAUACAACAGGUGUAGACCUUAAAGUGAAAUGCUUACAAGCCCUUAACCAAUUGAUAUGACGUGUUUUCACAGUGUUGUAGGAACAAGGUUAAAUCCAUUAGAUAGGUCACUCUUGGUGCCACAAGGUCUGAAUGCCAAGGAUUCCAGUAUGUCGAGGGAGCUUACUGGUGUUUAUCUUAGAAUGAUUGAUAGAUGGAAUAUCCUGCCUGGGGUACAGGGUGAUACCAUCAGGGUGGGGAGUGCCCACUGAUGGUUACCAGAUGUUGUUGAAGAAAUAUGUAACAGGGAAUAUAAGAAGUAAGAUAUUUUCUGUGUCCAUCAUUCGGAUAGUAAGAUGCAACCCACGUACAGCUUGCUAUGUUGAAUCCGGUACCGUAUCUAUUAAAUACAUUGUAUCAACUCUCCAUAUAAUUGUUUAAGUGUAUUCUUGCAUCCUGAAUUACUUGAUACCCGAGAAACUCAUAACACCAACAAUGCAGUUUUAAGAAAAAUAAGUGUUAAGUAAAAAAUUGAUAAAUAAAAAAUUACAAAUAAUUAAAGAGCAGCAGUAAAAUAACAGUAGCGAGGCUAUAUACAGGGGGUACCGGUACAGAGUCAAUGUGCGGGGGCAAAGGUUAGUCGAGGUAAUUGAGGUAAUAUGUACAUGUGGGUAGAGUUAAAGUGACUAUGCAUAGAUAAUAAACAGAGUAGCAGCAGCGUAAAAAGAGGGGGUGGGGGGGGACAAUGCAAAUAGUCCGGGUAGCCAUUUGAUGAGCUGUUCAGGAGUCUUAUGGCUUGGGGGCAGAAGCUGUUAAGAAGCCUUUUGGACCUAGACUUGGCGCUCCGGUACUGCUUGCCGUGCGGUAGCAGAGAGAACAGUCUAUGACUAGGGUGGCUGGAGUCUUUGGACAUUUUUAGGGCCUUCCUCUGACACCGCCUGGUAUAGAGGUCCUGGAUGGCAGGAAGCUUGGCCCCAGUGAUGUACUGGGCCGUACGCACUACCCUCUCUAGUGCCUUGCGGUCGGAGGCCGAGCAGUUGCCAUACCAGGCGGUGAUGCAACCAGUCAGGAUGCUCUCAAUGGUGAAGCUGUAUAACAUUUUGAGGAUCUGAGGACCCAUGCCAAGUCUUUUCAGUCUCCUGAGGGGGAAUAGGCUUUGUUGUGCCCUCUUCCCGACUGUCUUGGUGUGUUUGGACCAUGAUAGUUUGUUGGUGAUGUGGACACCAAGGAACUUGAAUCUCUCAACCUGCUCCACUACAGCCCCGUCGAUGAGAAUGGGGGCGUGCUCGGUCCUCCUUUUCCUGUAGUCUACAAUCAUCUCCUUUGUCUUGAUCACGUUGAGGGAGAGGUUGUUAUCCUGGCACCACACUGCCAGGUCUCUGACGACCUCCCUAUAGGCUCUGUCAUCGUUGUCUGUGAUCAGGCCUACCACUGUUGUGUCGUCGGCAAACUUAAUGAUGGUGUUGGAGUCGUGCUUGGCCAUGCAGUCAUGGGUGAACAGGGAGUACAGGAGGGGACUGAGCACGCACCCCUGAGGGGCCUCCGUGUUGAGGAUCAGCGUGGCAGAUGUGUUGUUACCUACCCUUACCACAUUGGGGCGACCCUUCAGGAAGUCCAGGAUCCAGUUGCAGAGGGAGGUGUUUAGUCCCAGGAUCCUUAGCUUAGUGAUGAGCUUUGAGGGCACUAUGGUGUUGAAUGCUGAGCUGUAGUCAAUGAAUAGCAUUCUCACGUAGGUGUUCCUCUUGUCCAGGUGGGAAAUGGCAGUGUGGAGUGCAAUAUAGAUUGUAUCAUCUGUGGAUCUGUUGGGGCGGUAUGCAAAUUGUAGUGGGUCUAGGGUUUCUAGGAUAAUGGUGUUGAUGUGAGCCAUGACCAGCACUUCAUGGCUACAGACGUGAGCGCUACGGGUCGGUAGUCAUUUAGGCAGGUUACCUUAGUGUUCUUGGGCACAGGGACUAUGGUGGUCUGCUUGAAACAUGUUGGUAUUACAGACUCAGUCAGGGACAGGUUGAAGAUGUCAGUGAAGACACUUGCCAGCUGGUCAGCGCAUAAUAUAAUAAUAAAUAUAAUAUAUAAUAUAAUAUGCCAUUUAGCAGACGCUUUUAUCCAAAGCGACUUACAGUCAUGCGUGCAUACAUUUUUGUGUAUGGGUGGUCCCGGGGAUCGAACCCACUACCUUGGCGUUACAAGCGCCGUGCUCUACCAGCUGAGCUACAGAGGACGCAUGCUCGGAGUACACGUCCUGGUAAUCCGUCUGGCCCUGUGGCCUUGUGAAUGUUGACCUGUUGAAAGGUCUUACUCACAUCGGCUACGGAGAGCGUGAUCACACAGUCGUCCGGAACAGCUGAUGUUCUCAUGCAUGCUUCAGUGUUGCUUGCCUCGAAGCGAGCAUAGAAGUAAUUUAGCUCGUCUGGUUGGCUCGUGUCAUUGGGAAGCUCGCGGCUGUGCUUCCCUUUGUAGUCAGUAAUAGUUUGCAAGCCUUGUCACAUCCAACGAGUGUCGGAGCCGGUGUAGUACGAUUCAAUCAUAGUCCUGUAUUGACGCUUUGCCUGUUUGAUGGUUCGUCGGAGAGCAUAGCGGGAUUUCUUACAAGCGUACCGGUUAGAGUCCCGCUUAACCAGUUUGUUUGCUGUUUUGGGCUCUAUUUCCCUUUAUAUUUUUUAAUCUCAAUGGGAUCACUUGCAUAAGUAAAGGAUAAAAGGAGAGUGGUGACUGUUGUACUGUAUUUCUUGUUACAACUAGGGAUGUGAUGGUCAUGGAAUUUUGGAUGACUGCAAUUGGCCAGCCAAAUGACGAGGUCUCUGUAAUAACCGUUAGAAUAGCAAACAAAUUAAUGUUUGCGCCAACAACUUGCUUGUUUCAGCAAGGAGCAACACAGUUUCAUCACAUUAAGAGUCCAUGUUACAGCAGAAACAGACUCAAAGGCAUGAAUGCCCCCGGCCAUCCCGUCUUCAGUCAGCUGUUCGUUGCCACAACAAACAAACAAAACGUUAACUGUUAUGACGGUUAUUUUAUUUUCAUGACACUUCAUCCAUAACCGUCAGUUACGCAGUAAUUGUGCCAGCCCUAGUUACAACCCUGCCUCACACUCUGCCCUCCCCUUCUCCUCCCCUUCUCCUCCCCUUCUCCUCCCCUUCUCCUCCCCUCCACAGACAUAUGAUAGAGAUCCAGACCCUCCACUCACGUCAGAAGGAGGAGAUAGAUGCUCUGUUCACCAGGCUGGGUAAACCACCUCCUUCAGCUGUCCUUUCCCCCGCUAUGGCAGGGGGCCGACGCAGGCCCAAGACCAAGGCCAGCAAAUCAGCCCGCAGCAGCGCCCAGGCCAGCCCAAUGCACUCGGGUAACCAGCGUUAUGAUUGGUCUGUCUGUGCACUGCUGAAUGGAAAUGUACACGACUGCAAGCAACAACUAAUUAGUCGAUAUUAAAGGGUAGAGGCUGCUAGAUUAGAAAGUGUAAAUGUAAUGUGAUCAGUUUCUCUCCUCUCAACUCUGGUUGAUGUUGGUGUGUGUUUAGGAGCCCCAGUCACAGGCCAGAGCCCCCCAGCGUCCCCCCCUAAGCAGACCUCUCCCCCCACUGCAGGGGUCUCUGAGUCAGGCAGCCGGACUUCCACCAUGGGUAAGCACAAAGAGCCGCUCUCCUAUUGUCUAUGCUCCUUCACUAAAUGUUUUAGAAAGGCAAACCCAAGCAAUAUUCCUCAAACCAAGAGAUGACUCUCCAGAAGAGAAGCCAAACUUGAUUGAGAAAUUAGUUGGCUUCCCAGGUUGAACUCGUCUCUGUGUUCCUUCCAGGAGUGAGUGGGACCAGUUCAGACAGUGGAGCGAACACCAGCCACUCCCAGCCGUCAGGCCCAAACACAGCCACGGCCCUAACACAGAGCCGAAAGGGCACGUUCACAGACGACCUGCACCAGCUCGUUGACAACUGGGCCCGAGACGCAAUCAGCCUCUCCCAAGGCAAGAAAGGACCCAAGGGGACAGCCCAGGGACCCGGACAUGACGUAAGGCCACACUACUCAGUCUAAAGACCAGUGCAUCUCAAUGUCAGUCUAAUUCGUUUUUAGCUCCAUUUUACAUAAUUUUACUUAAUUACUUAAUUGUGGUUUUGAACACCCUCUCCCUAACUACAGAUCCCUCCACAAGCCAACAUGAGCCGAAAGUUUUCUGCCCCCGGCCACCUCUGCCCCACCCUCCCCUCCACCACCUCUACCACCCUGGCAGGUGCCCACCUCCCCAUCACCACUAACCCCUCCAUCCCACUCUGCCAGCGUCAGGGCUCUCUGGGCCCCCCUCCCCAGGGGUUUGGUUACGGCCCAGCCCCCUACAGCGCCCCCCAGUGGGCAGGACCCUGUCAGGUGGGUCUCCUGGCCCCCACCCAGCCGCUGGCCCAGUACCAGCCCCAGGCCCCUUCCUCGGCCUCAGCCCCCCUUCAGCAGGCCUUCCACAUGGGAGCCACCCAGAAACCUGUCAGCAACCCUGGAGGUCUCAACCUGAGGCCCACGUAG